AUGGCUCUGAAGCGCUACACAGGAAAGUGAGUUUACCAACGCCAGCGAGUCCCCACCUCCUCUCUAUAAUACCAACCAGCAACUUUACUGUCUCUAAUACUAAUACCAUCUGGCCUCACAGAGAACACACACAGCAACGCACGGCAACUCAUGGCAACGCAUGGUAACUCACAGCAACAGUCACUCACAACCAUCUGAUCAUCUCACUCUACUCAGAUAUAGCAGAUGUCAUAAUGCUACUCAAAGCCUUUUAGUAGCACAUUAAAAUGCAUAUUAAUGCAUAAAACAGGUGUUAGGAAUAUGAAAAUUGAAUGGCUGCUAUUAGGGUGAACUUGCGUACUGGGCUAAGAAGGGGCUAAACCAUUCAUGUUUCCUCUACCUCCUAUUCUCUCCAUCUCCUUCCCUCCUCCGCCCGCUCCUAGCCCCUCCCAUUCCAUCCCUCUUUUCUCUUCUCUUCUCACUCUGAGGAAGUCGUCAUAGUUCAUCUGUCAGGCCCCCCACCCUCCCUUCCCUCUGUGUGUGUGUGUGUGUGUGUGUGUGUGUGUGUGUGUGUGUGUGUGUGUGUGUGUGUGUGUGUGUGUGUGUGUGUGUGUGUGUGUGUGUGUGUGUGCGCACAUGUUUCCUCUGAACUAGCUUUAGUCCAGGCAGGGGUCAGUACAUUUAUGUUGCUUCUUCAAAGCAAAUCCUUACUUAUUUACCCCCCCCCCCCCCCCCGACUAUGGAACACCAGGGACUGGUGACAAAAAUUAACUGAGGAUUUGUCCUGGAAGCUGUGUUGUACAGUUGCUUUUCCUUUGUCCCAGGAGUUGUGUGUGUGUGUGUUUGUUUUGGGGUGUGUGUGUUUUGGGGUGUGUGUGAGCCAAAAACGAAGUGUCUGAGAAGUGGCAGACGUGGUCUGGCCAUUCAUUAAACAGCGCUGCCUGUCUGGGGCCAACUCUAGUAUGGACCUUCCGCUAUAAGACAACAACAACCCUCCUCUCCUCCAUAGGGAUACAUACACACUACCUCAUCUAGGCAGCGACCGUAGUAAGACACAAGGUUGUGGGUUCGAUUCCCACAGGGAACCAGUAUGAAAAUGUAUGCACUCACUAACUGUAAGUCGCUCUGGAUAAGAGCGUCUGCUAAAUGAUGAAAAUGUAAAUGUAAAUACAUGAUUUUAGUCCGGUAGUAUCAUCUUUUUCCAUGUCUGCUCCCACACAAAGCAGUAGACCUGUCCCAGUCUUGUAAUACUAGGACAAAUACAGCCGCUGUCUCCCUCAUACUUCUAGUACCAUUUUUCAGUGCAGUUUAGGGGAAGUAAAAUCUCCUGUAGUAGGAUUAGGGAGAUGUCAGUACACUGUCUAGGCAGAGGAAGUGCUCUGGGUGUAGCACUGUUUCUCUCUCUCCCUGAAAAAUAUGGGGUGAAUUGGAUUUCUCUGGUUUCUAAUUCUCCUGUAGUCUCUCUCCAGCUCUCUCUCUCCAGCUCUCUCUCACUCCAGCUCUCUCCCUCUCUCUCUCUCCAGCUCUCUGUCUCUCCAGCUUGCUCUCUGUACAGGUAUCUCUCGCUCUCUCUCCAGAUUGCUCUCUGUCCAGCUCUCUCUCUCUCUCCAGCUUUCUCUCUCUCUCUCUCUCUCUCUCUCUCUCUCUCUCUCUCUCUCUCUCUCUCUCUCUCUCUCUCUCUCUCUCUCCAGCUCUCUUUCCCUCCCUCUUUAUUUAGCGAUCUCUCUUUGACAGCUCUAAUCUGACAUCUUUAUUUGUGGCAGAGAGAAAUUCUAAGUAAUAUGGCUCGGCUGUGUGUGUGAAUGUGUGGGUCUGUAGAGAUGGUUUAGUGUGCUGCUUAUGGUCAUGUUUAUGACUGAGGUGCAUGUGUGUAUUCUGUAGAUGCCAAUUGCUAUGUCUGUGUGUAUUGUGCAUGUGCGUUGAUUGUGCCAGUCAUGCGCACAUGUCCGUUUUGUGUGCCUGUGUAUGUGUGCCAGUAUGUUCCCCGGCAGGCAGACUGUGCUGCUGUGUGCAGUGGUCAGGUGGUCUGACAGUAGUUGGAGAUGACAUCACUCUGGAAGCAUCUCCUUAGCUCUGCUCUCUUACCCCCCUACACACACACUCUCGCUGUCUCUCUCUCUCUCUCUCUUCUCCCGUGUUUGCUCUUGACUGAGCUGGGGGGUCCUGCUCUCCCCUUCUCCCCAUAUCUCUCUCCAUCCUCCUCCCCCCCCCCCCCCCCCCCCCCCACACACACACACACACACAUUUUGUUGUGUUACAGCCUGAAUUUAAAAUGGAUUAAAUUGAGAUUUUUGUCACUGGCGUACACACAAUAACCCAUAAUGUCAAAGUGGAAUUAUGUUUUUCAAAAUGUUUACAAAUUAAUUAAAAAUUAAAAGCUGAAAUGUCUUGAGUAAAUAAGUAUUCACACCCUUUUUUUUGGCAAACCUAAAUAAGUUCAGGAGUAAAAAUGUGCUUAACAAGUCACAUAAUAAGUUGCAUGGAAUCACUCUGUGUGCAAUAAUACUGUUUAACAUGAUGAAUGAUUUGAAUGACUACCUCAUCUCUGUACCCCACACAUACAAUUAUAUGUAAGAUCCCUUAGUCGAGCAGUGAAUUUCAAACACAGAUUCAACAACAAAGACCAGGGAGGUUUUCCAAUGCCUCACAAAGAAGGGCACCUAUUGGUAGAUGGGUAAUUCUUUUUGAAAGCAGACUAUGAAUAUACGUUUUACCAUGGUAAAGUUAUUAAUUACACUUUGGAUGGUGUAUCAAUACACCCAGUCACUACAAAGAUCAAAGCGUCCUUCCUAACUCAAUUGCUGGAGAGGAAGGAAACCGCUCAGGGAUUUCACCAUUAAGGCAAUGGUGAUAUUAAAACAGCUAUAGAGUUUAAUGGCUGUGAUAGGAGAGAACUGAGGAUAGAUCAACAAUAUUGUAGUUACUCCACAAUACUAACCUAAUUGACAGAGUGAAAAGAAGGAAGCUUGUAUAUAAUACAAAUAUUCCAAAACAUUAAUCCUGUUUUCAACAAGGCACUAAAGUAAUACUGCCAAAGACCUGUGGUAUGAUGAUGAUAUGAUGCAUAUUCUGCCACAAAGUGGAAGCAGUGAUAACUGUCAGCCUUAUAAUGUCAAAACCACCAGGUCUUUCCCUCAUCUCCUUCUUCUCCCCUGGCUCUGCCUCCAGGCUGCCCUUUGCCACCCAAUUUCCAUGGCCCGCCUGUGCCAACCAACACAACGCAAAUUCACCACCUGGUCUUUAAAGUGCAUCAUGUCUGGGGUCCAAAACCACAAAGGAUUAUCUUAUUGUCUCCUGUUUUCCUGAGUUAAAGGCCAGUCAGGAUUUGCAUCAAAGAGAGAGGAAGAGUAGCAGGAAGAGCAAUACUCUGUUUGGGUGUGUUUACUGAAAGGGGGCUUAUGUAAAUGUUUUAAUGAGAUGACAUUAGACUGCAUGGUCUCUCAGUACAGGGCAGUGUUCCAACAGUAGCCUAGUAGAGUAUCCUCUCCAUGUUUCCUUGCCUUUAUGAUAAGUGUUCAGAUCAGUGAAAGGAGACAAGGAAGUAAAGCCGUCCAAGAAUAUUGGAACAAAUAUUACUUCAAUGGCCGUCCACUCUACACCCCACAUACCUUCACACAGUCCAACCCCACCCUGCCUGUCGCAGUUCAGACACACCUGCUCUGUUUAUCAGUCAGUGUGUAUAAUGCUAUGGGGCUAUGGUGUGUGUUUGCGUGCAUGGGGGAGGCGGGUAUGUUUGCAGAAGAAUUGAGAGAUUACGGAGUUUGUUUGGAGCUGACAGUGUGUGUGCGCUGGCCGUGACAGUGACAAUGGGCCCAUGGUGGCACGCCACAAGGCCGAGGCAACAGCAGUCACAUCAGCCGAGCCUGGCCCAAUGUGAUUGUGCUGCACUUUUCAGCCAACUCGUGUCACUGGGGCUCGCGACAAAUCCCCUGCCCCUUUGUGUGUGUGUACGUCACGUCACAUCGGUUAGUCAUGUGUCUCUGUUGUAUUUGUUGUUUUUAUAAUUCUGGGCAAGGGGGCUACUAAGGGUUAAAAACAAACACCUGUUUUUUACCUAUUGACAUUUAGUCGUCGCACAACAGAGAAAAACAUCAGCCGAUAAGAAAUGCCUCAAUGAGCACUUGAGAAUUUGAUCAAUACUCACUGUUUAAUGUACUCUCUCCGUGUGAUGAUAUUUAAGAUAGGAAACUUCUCAUUGUUGUUUUUUCAUAAACAUCUAUAUUACCCUCUUUAAAUGGUAGCUCACUGAAUUGACCAGUGCGUUUUUCUGAUAGAGGGUGAAAAGGAUCAUUGCCCACACAGUCUGUGUUGAUGUGAUUUGGCUGCUGUUCUGCCUACUGGGCCACAGCUGGCAGCCCUCUAUCCCUUUAGCUCCCUCAGCCGGGCAACACAUAACACACACACACACACACACACACACACACACACACACACACACACACACACACACACACACACACACACACACACACACCUAUAUAUAUAUAUAUAUAUAUAUAUAUAUAUAUAUAUAUAUAUAUAUAUAUACACACACACACACACACACACACCACUAAAAUGUUUUAAAAUGGAAAUAAGCGUUCCUUAUUGGAUUUCACUCUGUGUCAAAAUGUUCUCUCCUACCAGCUUUAUAGAUCACACUCUUUCAGCACAGUCUCAAAUCAAAUCGAAUCAAAUGUUAUUUGUCACAUACACGUGUUUAGCAGAUGUUAUUGCGGGUGUAGCGAAAUGCUUGUGCUUCUAGCUCCGACAGUGCAGUAAUAUCUAACAAGUAGUAUCUAACAAUUUCACAACAUAUACCCAAUAUACACAAAUCUAGUAAGGAAUGGAAUUUAAGAAUAUGUACAUAUAUGGACAAGCAAUGACAGAGCGGCAUGGACUAAGAUACAGUAGAAUAUUAUAGAAUAGAAUACAGUAUAUACAUAUGAGAUGAGUAGUGCAAGAUAUGUAAACAUUAUUAAAGUGACUAGUGUUCCAUUUCUUAAAGUGGCCAUUGAUUUCAAUAGGCAGCAGCAGUGCUAGUGAUGGCUAUUUAACAGUCUGAUGGACUUGAGAUAGAAGCUGUUUUUCAUUCUCUCGGUCCCAGCUUUGAUGCACCUGUACUGACCUCGCCUUCUGGAUGAUAGCGGGGUGAACAGGCAGUGGCUCGGGUGGUUGAUGUCCUUGAUGAUCUUUUUGGCCUUCCUGUGACAUCGGGUGCUGUAGGUGUCUUGGAGGGCGGGUAGUUUGCCCUCUGUAAUGUGUUCGGCAGACCGCACCACCCUCUGGAGAGCCCUGCGUAUGCGGGCGGUGCAGUUGCCGUACCAGGCGGUGAUACGUCACAACAGGAUGCUCUCAAUUGUGCAUCGGUAAAAGUUUGUGAGAGUUUUAGGUGCCAAGCCAAAUAUCUUCAGCCUCCUGAGGUUGAAGAGGCUCUGUUGCGCCUUCUUCACCACACUGCCUGCGUGGGUGGACCAUUUCAGUUUGUCAGUGAUGUGUAGGCCAAGGAACUUGAAGCUUUCCACCUUCUCCACUGCGGUCCCGUCGAUGUGGAUAGGGGGGGUGCACCCUCUGCUGUUUCCUGAAGUCCACGAUCUCCUUUGUUUUGUUGACGUUGAGUGAGAGGUUAUUUUCCUGGCACCACACUCCCAGAGCCCUCACCUCCUCCCUGUAGGCGGUCUCGUCAUUGUUGGUAAUCAAGCCUACUACUGUUGUGUCGUCUGCAAACUUGAUGAUUGAGUUGGAGGCGUGCUUGGCCAUGCAGUCAUGGGUGAACAGGGAGUACAGGAGGGGGCUGAGCACGCACCCUUGUGGGGCCCCAGUGUUGAGGAUCAGCGAAGUGGAAAUGUUGUUUCCUACCUUCACCACCUGGGGGUGGCCCGUCAGGAAGUCCAGGACUCAGUUGCACAGGGCGGGGUUCAGACCCAGGGCCUCUAGCUUAAUGAUGAGUUUGGAGGGUACUAUGGUGUUGAAUGCUGAGCUAUAGUCAAUGAACAGCAUUCUUACAUAGGUAUUCCUCUUGUCCAGAUGGGAUUGUGCAGUGUGAUGGCGAUUGCAUCGUCUGUGGAUCUAUUGGGGCGGUAAGCAAAUUGAAGUGGGUCUAGAGUGACAGGUAAGGUAGAGGUGAUAUGAUCCUUGACUAGUCUCUCAAAGCACUUCAUGAUGACAGAGGUGAGUGCUACGGGGCGAUAGUCAUUUAGUUCAGUUACCUUUGCUUUCCUGGGUACAGGAACAAUGGUGGCCAUCUUGAAGCAUGUAGGUACAGCAGACUGGGAAAGGGAGAGAUUGAAUAUGUCCGUAAACACACCAGCCAGCUGGUCUGCGCAUGCUAUGAGGACGCGGCUAGGGAUGCCAUCUGGGCCGGCAGCCUUGCGGGGGUUAACAUGCUUAAAAGUCUUACUCACGUCGGCCACGGAGAAGGAGAGGCCACAGUCCUUGGUAGUGGGCCUCGUCGGUGGCACUGUGUUCUCCUCAAAGUGGGCGAAGAAGGUGUUUAGCUUGUCUGGAAGCGAGACGUCAGUGUCGGCGACUUGGCUGGUUUUCCUUUUGUAGUCCGUGAUUGGCUGUAGACCCUGCCACAUACGUCUUGUGUCUGAGCCAUUGAAUUGCGACUCCACUUUGUCUCUAUACUGAUGUUUUGCCAGUUUAAUUGCCUUGCGGAGCGAGUAGCUACACUGUUUUGUAUUCUGCCAUAUUCCCAGUCACCUUGCCAUGGUUAAAUGUGGUGGUUCGCACUUUCAGUUAUGUGCGAAUGCUGCAUCUAUCCACGGUUUCUGGUUAGGGUAGGUUUUAAUAGUCACAGUUGGCACAACAUCACCUAUACACUUCCUGAUAAACUCAGUCACCGUUUCAGUGUAUUCGUCUAAAUUAUUUUCGCAAGAUACCCGGAAGAUAUCCCAGUCCGCGUGAUCAAAGCAAUCUUGGAAGUGUGGAUUCCGAUUGGUCAGACCAGUGUUGAAUAGUCCUUAGCACGGGUACUUCCUGUUGGAGUUUCUGCCUAUAGGAAGGGAGGAGCAAAAUUGAGUCGUGGUCAAAUUUUCCGAAAGUUCGAAUAGCAAUGGUCAAGGAUUUUAGCAGCGCGAGUACAACAGUCGAUAUGUUGAUAGAACUUCGGCAGCUUAAUCCUCAGAUUUGCUUUGUUAAAAUCCCCGGCUACAAUAAAUGCAGCCUCAGGAUAUGUGGUUUCCAGUUUUCAUAAAGUCCAGUGAAGUUCUUUGAGGGCCGUUGUGGUAUCGGCUUGAGGGGGGAUAUACACGGCCGUGACUAUAACCCAAAAAAUGUUUUGGGGGAGAUAAUACGGUCGGCAUUUGAUUGUGAGGUAUUCUAGGUCGGGUGACCAGAAGGACUUGAGUUCCUGUAUGUUACUACAAUUACACCAUGAGUCGUUAAUCAUGAAACACACACCUCCACCCUUCUGCUUCCUGGAGAGAUAUUUAUUCCUGUCUGCGCGAUGAACUGAGAACCCAUCUGGCUGAACUCUUGAGUCCUGGCUCUGAGUGUGUAUGUGUGUGUGUAGAAGUCCACUGGUGUGGGUUUUGAGAAGCAGAGUGUGUGUUUUUGUGUCCUUGAAAGGGGUUGUGAGUAAAUGAUGAGGAUUUUGUGGUCUCCCUGUUUACUCCUGCGAUGUUGCUCUCUACAGACAGCUUGUGUGUUUAGUCUGCACAGCUCACACAGACUGACAGUAGUACUGAUAUUGUUUUGCAUACUGAGAGGGAUGACACCGACCCAAAGCACAGCAGCUAUGCUGGGCGGUCUCUCUCUCUCUCGCUUUCUGUCUCUCUGUCUCUCUGUCCCUCCUCUUAGACACCUCACCUGGUAGUCUAGACCUUCUCUCUCCCUUUUGUGGUUGCAGUGCCAUGGUAACGGAGGGGGCGGAGCACAUGCCUGACUUAGUCUCCAGCCCCUCCCCGCUACUCUCUCUGUCACACCCUCACAGGUGGUUGGCUGAGCUGUCACAGCCCUGAAGGCUUGCCCUGUAUGUGUAUAUGGGUGCAGUGGUGCCUGGAGAAGUGGGUAUACUCUAAUUAUGCCCAACAUUUCCCAAACGCUCCGCCCCGUGAAGGAAAGGCUACCGGUGUGAAAAAUUCUAUGAGAAACAUAACAUACACUCUGAAUGACCUAAAAUGAUAAAACCCAUAUUGGUUUUUCAGUCAGGCCAACCCAAGCUGUACUGUGCAGGUUUCCACUCGAAGUCACACCUUUAUCAUAGAACAUCCAAUUUUGUUGUUUUUCUAAGUUCACAAUAAUGCUUAAACCACAUCAGGAGACCACUUUUGAGGUCUGGGGAAAAUAUAUUUUUUGUGUAGUUACCCUUUAAUUCAAGUUCCCUAGCAUUGUUGUUCGGUUAGCAGUGUUUCUGUAGCACAUGAGAUGGAGUUUGCAAAACAAAUGGCCACUGGAUUGAUGCAAAUAAUCAUGAUAUCAUUCUGACAGGUAAGCAUAGGCUACUUUGUAGCUAGUUAACAUUUAAUUGAAAAGGAUUUUGGGAAAGUCUUUCCAUGUACCAGAAGACGUUUAGGCAUAUCAUUAGCAUGACUAUAUUUUCCCUGUUUGUUAAUUGUUUGAAACCUGGACGUUUUACUUCAUAUUACGAGGCAUGUCUUACCUUGCUUCAUAGUAGCCUAUAGCCAAAAUCUAACCAUAGAAAUGUGGAGGAUUCAACAACUGAGACAUAAACUGAACAAGUUCCACAGACAUGUGACUAACAUAAAUGGAAUAAUGUGUCCCUGAACAAAUGGGGGGUCAAAACCAAAAGUAACAGUCAGUAUCUGGUGUGGCCACCAGCUGCAUUAAGUACUGCAGUGCAUCUCCUCCUCAUGGACUGCACCAGAUUUGCUAGUUCUUGCUGUGAGAUGUUACCCCACUCUUCCACCAAGGCACCUGCAAGUUCGCAGACAUUUCUGGGGGGAAUGGCCUUAGCCCUCACCCUCCGAUCCAACAGAUCCCAGACGUGCUCAAUGGGAUUGAGAUCCGGGCUCUUCGCUGGCCAUAGCAGAACACUGACAUUCCUGUCUUGCAGGAAAUCACGCAUAGAACGAGCAGUAUGGCUGGUGGUAUUGUCAUGCUGGAGGGUCAUGUCAGGAUGAGCCUGCAGGAAGGGUACCACAUGAGGAAGGAGGAUGUCUUCCCUGUAACGCACAGCGUUGAGAUUGCCUGCAAUGACAACAAGCUCAGUGCAAUGAUGCUGUGACACACCGCCCCAGACCAUGAUGGAUCCUCCACCUCCAAAUCGAUCCCGCUUCAGAGUACAGGCCUCGGUGUAACGCUCAUUCCUUCGACGAUAAAUGCGAAUCCGACCAUCACGCCUGGUGAGACAAAACCGCUACUUGUCAGUGAAGAGCACUUUUUGCCAGUCCUGUGUGGUCCAGCGACGGUGGAUUUGUGACCAUAGGCGACGUUGUUGCCGGUGAUGUCUGGUGAGGAUCUGCCUUACAACAGGCCUACAAGCCCUCAGUCCAGCCUCUUUCAGCCUAUUGCGGACAGUCUGAGCAAUGAUGGAGGGAUUGUGCGUUCCUGGUGUAACUCGGGCAGUUCUUGUACCUGUCCCGCAGGUGUGAUGUUCGGAUGUACCGAUCCUGUGUAGGUGUUGUUACACGUGGUCUGCCACUGCGAGGACGAUCAGCUGUACGUCCUGUCUACCUGUAGCGCUGUCUUAGGCGUCUCACAGUACGGACAUUGCAAUUUAUUGCCCUGGCCACAUCUGCAGUCCUCAUGCCUCCUUGCAGCAUGCCUAAGGCACGUUCACGCAGAUGAGCAGGGACCCUGGGCAUCUCUCAUUUGGUGUUUUUCAGAGUCCGUAGAAAGGCCUCUUUAGUGUCCUAAGUUUUCAUCACUGUGACCUUAAUUGCCUACCGUCUUUAAGCUGUUAGUGUCUUAACGACCGUUCCACAGGUGCAUGUUCAUUAAUUGUUUAUGGUUAAUUGAACAAGCAUGGGAAACAGUGUUUAAACCCUUUACAAUGAAGAUCUGUGAAGUUAUUUGGAUUUUUACGAAUUAUCUUUGAAAGACAGGGUCCUGAAAAAGGGACGUUUCUUUUUUUGCUGAGUUUAUUAGCAACCCAUGAUAGUUGUUGCAUCUUUAGAUCGCCCCUUUUUCUAAAUUUCUAAUGGAUAGUUCCAUCUCUGUCUGUGGUGAUGUGAUUUGAAGGAGUCAGGCGCAGGAGGGUAAAUCACAGAAUAACAGGUUUAUUCUGUGAUUUACUGGGGACCCCUGUACUGGGGACACCUGUCAGACACUAUGGCCUCUGGCACCCCGUACUGACGGAAGACGUGAGUAAACAGGGCCUCCGCCAUCUGCAGGGCCGUGGGGAGACCGGGCAGAGGAAGGAGGCGGCAGGCUUUUGAAAAGCGGGCCACAACGACCAGGAUGGUGGUGUUACUCUGAGAGACGGGAAGAUCAGUGAGGAAGUCAAUACACAGGUGGGACCAUGGUCGUUGUGGAACUGGUAAGGGCUGUAACUUACCCGCUGGGAGGUGCCUAGGUGCCGUACUCUGGGCGCACACCGAGCAGGAGGAGACAUACACCCUCACGUCCUUAUCCAAGGUAGGCCACCAGUACUUUCCGGUCAGGCAGCGCACUGUACGACCGAUACCUGGGUGACCAGAGGAGGGAGACGUUUGGGCUAGAUCAGACGGUCACGGACAAGAGAUGGCACGUACUGCAGCCCAGCUGGACACUGAGGUGGAGAUGGCUCUGUGCGUACCGCCCGCUCUAUGUCCGCGUCCAUCGUCCAUACUACCGGCGCCACAAUGCAGGAGGCCGGGAGUAUGGGGGUGUUGUGUAUGGGCCUCUCCUCUGUGUCGUACAGUUGUGAUAGCGUGUCUGCCUUCACGUUCUUCGUACCCGGGAUGUAUGACAGAGUAAACUCAAACCGGGUGAAGAAUAGGGCCCACCUGGCCUGGCAAGGGUUCAGCCUCCUUGUUGCCUGGAUGUGCUCCAGGUUACGGUGGUCCGUCCAGGCGAGGAAAGGGUGUUUCGCCUCCUCGAGCUUGUGCCUCCACACUGUCAGGACUCUGACUACAGCCAAAAGCUCCCGAUCACCAACGUCGUAGUUCUGCUCCGCCAGGCUGAGCUUCUUGGAGAAGAAGGCACAGGGGCGGAGCUUUUGUGGCGUGCCCGAGCGUUGAGACAGGACAGCGCCUGUCCCUACCUCGGACGCAUCCACCUCCACUACAAAUGGUAGUGAUGGAUCGGAAUGGGCCAGUACUGGGGCUGAGGUGAACAGAACCCUAAGGUUACUGAAGGCCCUGUCAGCCUCAGCAGACCAGCGGAGCCGGGACGGCCCACCCUUCAACAGAGAUGUGAUGGGAGCUGCGACCUGGCCAAAGCCCCGGAUAAACCUCAGAUAGUAGUUGGCAAAGCCAAUAAAGCGCUGCACCUCCUUUAACGUGGUUGGAGUCGGCUAAUUACGCACGGCUGAAAUGCAAUCUCCCUCCAUCUCCACACCUGACGUGGUAAUGCAGUAUCCGAGGAAGGAGACGGACUGCUGGAAAAACAGACACUUCUCUGCCUUGGCAUAAAGUUGGCCCAGCACUUUGCGAACCAGGGACACAUGCUCGGCACGCGUAGCGGAAUACACCAGAAUGUCAUCGAUGUAGACCACUAUACCGUGACCAAGCAUAUCCCGAAACACCUAGUUCACAAAGGACUGGAAAACGGAUGGAGCAUUCAUCAAACCAUACGGCAUCACCAGGUAUUCGUAAUGCCCCGUGGUUGUGCUGAAUGCUGUCUUCCAUUCGUCCCCCUCUCGGACACACACCAGGUUGUAGUCCCGUGUAGCUCAGUUGGUAGAGCAUGGUGCUUGCAAUGCCAGGGUUGUGGGUUCGAUUCCCACAGGGGGGCUAGUAUGGGGGAAAAAAAUUUAUGCACUCACUAACUGUUAGUCGCUCUGGAUAAGAGCACUCCGGAGAUCUAAUUUUGUGAAAAAGCGCUCCCCAUUCAUUGACUCGAUCACAGAUUGGAUGAGGGGCAGAGGAUAACGUAUUGUCCCCUUGUUCAAUGCUCGGUAAUCAAUGCACGGGUGCAGACCUCCGUCUUUCUUCUUCACAAAAAAGAAACUAUAGGAGGCGGGCGAAGUGGAGGGAUGUAUGAACCCCUGGCGCAGGGACUCAGAGACGUAUGUCCCCAUCGCCUCCGUUUCAGCCUGCGACAGGGGAUAUACAUGACUCAUGGGAGGCACAGCAUCUACUCUUAGGUUUAUCGCGCAAUCACCCCCUCCCCGAUGAGGUGGUAAUUUGGUCGCCUGCGUUUUGGAAAACGCAUGCGCCAAAUUGAGGUAUUCGGGGGGGAUGCGGACGGUGGAGGAAGUGUCUGGACUUUCCACCGUGGCUGCACCAACGGAAACAGCUAGGCACCUACCCUGACACUCUCGCGACCACCCCGUGAGAACCCUCUGCGGCCAUGAAAAGGUGGGAUUGUGUAGUGCUAACCAGGGAAGACCCAACACAACAGGUAAAUCGGGGGUGUCAGGGUAGGUAAAAUAAUAAUAAAUGUGACGUGCUCUCUAUGGGUCCUUUGGGGAACCAUCGUGACUUGUGCUGUAACUUCCCUAAUGAACCCUGACCCUAAUGGUCGACUGUCAAGUGCUUUGAUUGGCAGUGGAGUGGAUAGGGGAACCAAUGGAAUACCUAGACUUAGAGCUAACGAUCUGUCCAUAAAGUUCCCAGCUGCACCUGAAUUGACCAGCGCCUUACGCUGGGAAACUACGGGGUAGUCAGGGAAGGUGACGUGUAUGGUGCAGUGUGCAGCAGAGGGCUCUGACCGAUUGUGGGUUUGCGCUACCUGGGGUGAUGCGAGAGUGCCCUGACUGCCGCCUCCAGACCCGGAAGAACCCUGACAACAGCAUGCAGUAUAAUGUCCUCUUCUGCCACAAGAGUGACACUGAAGCUGUCCUCCUCCGUUCUCCCAGAUCGCUGCCCCACCCAGCUCCAUCGGAACGGACUCCUGUCCACCCUUCGGACGUCCUGUCGCAGGCUGCACCGGAAUCCGUAGAUCAGGGCCCACUCGUUCCACCCGGACCCAGCCGCUAGGGUCCGAAACUCCAGGGCGAAGUCCAGCGCGGUCCUCGUCCCCUGCCUCAGUUGGACCAGACGCUCACCCGCAUCUCGUCCUUCAGGCGGGUGGUCGAAGACUGCCCGGAACAGGCAAGCGAACUCCCCGUAGUUGUCCAACGCGGUUCCUCCUUCUCUCCAGACCGCGUUGGCCCACUCCAGGGCUUUCCCCGAGAGGCAGGAGACGAGGGCAGACACCUUCUCCUGCUCCGAUGGAGCCGGGCUGAUGUUCACGAAGUAGAGGUCCAGCUGCGGGAGGAAUCCCUGGCAGCAGGCAGCCGUCCCGUCAAACUCCCUCGGUCGGGAUAGAUGAAUACCUCGGGGUGCUGGAGUGUGGGUGGCCGGAUCCGGUCGCUCAGCUGGUCCCGACGGGUUGGGUCUUCUCCUCUCCAGGCAUUGGACGACCUGGAGAACCCGAUCCAUCGCUUCUCCCAAGCUGGCUAGCAUCCUGGAAUGCUUGUGGACCCGUGCCACGACUCCAGGCAUGGGCUCUUCUCGUGCUCACUCCAUGGUUAGGUGUGUGAUUCUGUGGUGAUGUGAUUUGAAGGAGUCAGGCGCAGGAGGGUAAAUCACAUAAUAACAGGUUUAUUCCGUUGACUCAGCGGUCGCAGCAAUGCGUCAAACACUCCAGUGCGGAAAUAUACAGCGCUCUGGAAACAACAAGGCACACGGGUGAAUAUCCCGGCGAUACAAAAUACCGAGCUAAAUUAACCUCCACAAUAAACAAUCACACACAAAGACAAGGGGGCAGAGGGAACACUUAUGCAGGUACUGAUGAGGGGAAUUGAAACCAGGUGUGUGUAAUAAACAAGACAAAACAAAUGGAAUGAUGAGAUGAGGAGCGGCAGUGGCUAGAAGACCGGUGACGACGAACGCCGGAGCCUGCCCGAGCAAGGAGAGGAGGCAGCUUCGGAGGAAGUCGUGACAAUGUCCAUGAAACCGCUCGCAUGUGCGGUGUGGAUUUUAGAACAAUGUUUUCUUGCUUUUCACUGUGAAAGAGGCUGUAUCUAUGUUGGUUGGUGAUAUGAAUUCGGACACGUCCUUGCAGCGAUGAUGUCGAGGUGAGUGAAAUAAGUAAACAGCAGAUAUACACUACCAGUCAAAAGUUUGGACACACCUACUUAUUGAAGGAGUUUUCUUUGUUUUUACUAUUUUCUACAUUGUAGAAUAAUAGUGAAGGCAUCAAAACUAUGAAAUAACAUAUGUGGAAUCAUGUAGUAACCAAAAAAGUGUUAAACAAAUCAAAAUAUAUUUUAGAUUUUAGAUUCUUCAAAGUAGCCACCCUUUGCCUUGAUGACAACUUUGCACCCUCUUGGCAUUCUCUCAACCAGCUUCACCUGGAAUGCUUUUCCAACAGUCUUGAAGGAGUUCCCACAUAUGCUGAGCACUUGUUGGCUGCUUUUCCUUCACUCUGCGGUCCAACUCAUCCCAGACCAUCUCAAUUUGGUUGAGGUCGUGGAGGCCAGGUCAUCUGAUGCAGCACUCCAUCACUCUCCUUCUUGGUCAAAUAGCCUUUACACAGCCUGGAGGUGUGUUGGGUCAUUGUCCUGUUGAAAAACAAAUGAUAGUCCCACUAAGCGCAAACCAGAUGGGAUGGCGUAUCGCUGCAGAAUGCUGUGGUAGCCAUGCUGGUUAAGUGUGCAUUGAAUUCUAAAUAAAUCACUGACAGUGUCACCAGCAAAGCACCCCCACACCAUCACACCACUUCCUCCAUGCUUCACGUUGGGAACCACACGUGGAGAUCAUCCGUUCACCUACUUCUGCGUCUCACAAAGACACGGCGGUUGGAACCAAAAAUCUCAAAUUUGGACUCAUCAGACCAAAGGACAGAUUUCCACGGUCUAAUGUCCAUUGCUCGUGUUUCUUGGCCCAAGCAAGUCUCUUCUUAUUAUUGGUGUCCUUUAGUAGUGGUUUCUUUGCAGCAAUUCGACCAUGAAGGCCUGAUUCACGCAGCCUCCUCUGAACAGUUGAUGUUGAGAUGUGUCUGUUACUUGAACUCUUUGAAGCAUUUAUUUGGGCGGCAAUUUCUGAGGCUGGUAACUCUAAUGAACUUAUCCUCUGUAGCAGAGGUAUCUCUGGGUCUUCCUUUCCUGUGGUGGUCCUCAUGAGGGCCAGUUUCAUCAUAGCUCUUGAUGGUUUUUGCGACUGCACUUGAAGAAACUUUCAAAGUUCUUGAAAUGUUCCGCAUUGACUUACCUUCAUGUCUUAAAGUAAUGAUGGACUGUUGUUUCUCUUUGCUUAUUUGAGCUGUUCUUGCCAUAAUAUGGACUUGGUCUUUUACCAAAUAGGGCUGUCUUCUGUAUACCACCCCUACCUUGUCACAACACAACUGAUUGGCUCAAACGCAUUAAGAAGGAAAGAAAUUCCAUUAAGAAGGCACACCUGUUAAUUGAAAUGCAUUCCAGGUGACUACCUCAUGAAGCUGUUUGAGAGAAUGCCAAGCGUGUGCAAAGCUGUCAUCAAGGCAAAGGAUGGCUACUUUGAAGAAUCUCAAAUAUAAAAUAUAUUUUACAGUGUAGAAAAUAGUAAAAAUCAAGAAAAACCCUUGAGUAGGUGUGUCCAAACCUUUGACUGGUACUGUGUGUUUGGUGUUGUCGAUGUUUGAUGCUGUGAAACUUGGGGAAUAGCUCUCAGAUUACCAAGUCAUGUCAUGAUAACUUCGUUGGUACAGGCGAGCACAUCAGCGGUGGAGCUCGAAUGAUUGCUCUCUGUCUCAUGGAAAUAUUUGCAGUGUUCUACUGUAUAUAGUCAGCUAAGUAGUUGGUUGUUUUGUCUUGUUUCUACCGAUUUAAUUCAUAUGGAAACGGCCCAAGCUGCUUGCUAUAGCUAGCUAGUUAACUAGUUAGUCUGUCAGGCAAGAAAUGUUGUGUGUAGCGGUACAUUAAGGCUGUGCUCACGAAGCGUCAACUUCAACUGUCACUUUCACUAGCUAUCCAUACAGACAACCAGCUAACUAGCUACUGAAAUUAAGGCUAGAGUAAUUUGUUUUUAUCUCUUGGGUUUAGGUCAUGGUUUGCUAGGUGCAGAUAGUCAUAGGCUAUACAUUGCCUUGUUUUCCUAUUAUUUGACUUAUUAGCUGUCGUGUUUGGGUAGUAGUUGCCCGCGCAAAGGAACUCAUAUGAUGAGUUGGAUAUUUGUUUACAUAACCAGCUAACACGUUGCUUAUUUUGUCCUGUUUCUACCGAUGCAAUUCAUUUGGAAACUGUCCCAGCUUCGUAACUAAUCAGCUAACAUUUGCGAACUCUGUAGUUAGGGGAGGGGGAGAGGGAGAGAGAGAGACCCCUUAUCAGGAAGAGAAUAUGUGUAUGGUUGAGAAAAAGAAAGAGGAAGGAAGAGAGAGACAGUGUGAGAGGGAGAUCAUGUUCCUGACCACAAUUGUAUCCUAUUUGUUGCUCAUCUCCCUCUCUUACUCUGUUCCUCUAGGUCAGUGAAAGUGAGGGAAGUGAUGUGGAGAUUCAGAGCUCAGCAGCAAAAAGCAAGGAGGAAUAGGAGUUAGAGAUGAUUGGAGAGAUAGAUAGAUAGAUAGAUAGAGAUGUGGAGCAAGGAGGGAGGAGUGGAGCGAGAGGAGAGUGGAGGGAUAGAGGAAGAGGAGAGUGAAGAGGAGGAAGAGUAGAGUAGGAGGAGGAGGGAGAGUACGAAGCAGAUGGAGAGGAGGAGGAAGAGGGAGAGCACACCCGAGUGUGUCUGCCCCAAUCCCACCGUUCACCCUUGUACCACACAGCCUGGGCCUAAAGUGACAGUGGCAGGGGUUUUGGAGUUGUUUUUAAAAGUGGUUGGAUCUUAUAUCUGUUCCAGAGCUUGUAAUGGAUUACAACAAGAAAAUGGACGGGGUUGACCAUCUUGACCAACUGAGGAGCUAUUACAAUGUUGGACGCACAGGCAGAAAACGGUGGAAGUAUGGGUUUUGGGGGAUGCUCAACAUUUCCAUCAUAAAUGCGUACAGUGUCUGGGGGACUCUGCAAAGGCCCCUUCUCAGAAGCCGCAGGCGCUGGUCCCAGAAGGCAUUCAAAAUUCAGCUUCUGCAUUCACUUUGUGAUAUGUCUACAGUGGCAGGAAGAGGGUAUCCAAGAGUGUGGCACCAGGGCGCGUGUACUGAGUUGUAACUCAUUUGAAAGCAGGUGGAGUUUGAAGGGCGCAAGAGAGGGGGUGUGGUGUGCAUCUGGACGCUGGGCAAAGAGUGGGAGAUGUGUAGAAACCUUUGGGUGCUCUACGUGUUCUGUGCCACUUUGCAGGAUGGGGCAGUGCUUCCAGAAGUUCCACGACAUGUUGUAGGCUAAAUGCAAACACUAAAGUGAGUGUGAAACACAGUAUGAAUUUGUCCUACAAAUCUUUUAUUGUCUCUGAACAGUUGUUGUUUUGUAUCUUCUCUCUAUCUAAUACUUGUUGCAUUCACUGAAUUGUUGUCAAAGUAGGCUACUAUUUCUAGGCCUGGUCUGUCCUAAAUCUUAUUGAGAGAGGUUACCUACAUUCUGAAUAGUUGUUUGCCUUUUUACAUUGUUACAGAAGUAAGAAUUGUUGUCAAUCAAAUAGCCUACUUUGUUUGCGCUCUGAAAUACUUUGAGUAUUGUCCUCUGGUCACAUUUUGGAUAAUUGUAUUUAUUUAUAUGUAAAGAAUAUUUAUAUGUAUAUAAUUUUUUUAUUUAGUAAUUUAGUCAAAUGUACUACAAUUUACAUACUCAAGUUUUUUGUUGUUGUGUUGUGUUAAUCGUAUUUUGAUAGUGAGUGUCUUUACACAAUGGAAGACAAUAUGAGUGUUAUUCCUAUUGACAUGAAUGUGGUGUCAUAUUAAAGAAGAGGUUGUGCUCUUUAAAAGUAAGUUAACUUGUAAUUGUCAUUUGUUCUUUGUUUUUGAGCUAUGUCUGUUUGUUUGAAAUGUGUGAGAAAAUGAGCUUUAUCUUGACAAUUCUCAGUAAUCUACAGCAGCAUUCUAGAAUUUUAUUGGGGUGUAAAGGGUUCAUUUAUACUGCGUAUACCUCCACUACACUACUUUGAUACGCAUAGUGGGGAUUUAGAAGUGAGUAUACACAAUGCCCACUGAAAAAAAGGGGGGGGAAUACGGUAGUGCUAAGCGAUUAGUGCUUUUUGAGGUCGGUUCAAUUUCGGUUUAGAUUCACAGAAAAUUAGCAAAUCUGAUGUUGAAGAUAGAUCUCACUAGACAUAUUUUACUCAUGUAAAUCCACCCCUAGUCAGUCUGUCCUGGGGGCAUGGAGAGACCCUCCCACCGUGACCUUCUAGUCAGUCUGCCCUGGGGGCAGGGAGAGACCCUCCCACGGUGACCUUCUAGUCUGUCUGCCCUGGGGGCAGGGAGAGACCUUCCCUCCGUGACCUUCUAGUCAGUCUGGCCCCAGGGCAGGAAGAGACAGGCUGCUCUGUGGGAACCUAACAGCAGCCAGAAUGUCUGAGCAGAGACAAAGAGAGGAGGGAGUCUGCUUAAUAGACAGACAGUAGUGAGGAAAUGUGUGUGUCUGUGCUGAUGCUUUUACUAGUGUGUCUGUAGUGAUGGGUUAACUACUUGUACUACCUCUGAGCCUGGAGCUGUUCCUACAGACAUUAAAGAGUAGAGCAGCUCUGUUAACAUGCCCUAAACACAGGGAAAGACUUCUGACUCGACAGCCAUCUAGCCUGGCGACUCAAACUAAAUACUUCCACUGCUCUAUCGUUCGCCACAUGCUUUAGUCUGAGACUGCCAUCAUUGAUGUCGUUUGUGGUGACAAGGGGCACGAGGGGUGUUGCACAAAACAAAGUCAUCAGCGAUUGGAUCGUCUGAGAGAUUGGACCAAUUAGAGUAUCAAAGCCAAUGAUGUGUCAGAGGAAGGCCCUCAAAAUUGUCAAAGACUCCAGCCACCCUAGUCAUAGACUGUUCUCUCUGCUACCGCACGGCAAGCGGUACCGUAGCACCAAGUCUAGGUCCAAAAGGCUUCUCAACAGCUUCUACCCCCAAGCCAUAAGACUCCUGAACAGCUAAUCAUGGCUACCCGGACUAUUUGCACCCCCACCCCAUCUUUUUACGCUGCUGCUACUCUGUCACUUUAACUCUACCCACAUGUACAUAUUACCUCAACUACCUCAACUAGCCGGUGCCCCCGCACAUUGACUCUGCACCGGUACCCCCCUGUAUAUAGCCUCCCUACUGUUAUUUUAUUUUACUUCUGCUCUUUUUUUCUCAACACUUUUUUGUUGUUGUUUUAUUUGACUUUUUUAUGAAAAAAUAAAUGCAUUGUUGGUUAAGGGCUGUAAGUAAGCAUUUCACAGUAAUGUCUACACCUGUUGUAUUCGGCGCAUGUGGCAAAUAAAAUGUGAUUUGAUUUGAUGAUGAAUUUACCCACGUGGGUUCUGGUUCUGGCUCAACCUAUUGGUUUCUGGACCAAUCAGAUGGCCCCGAAUGUGUUCGCAUUCAGUGAAGGGUCGGGGAGGUACUCAGAUCCAGACUCAUUGUGGAGAAGAAACUAACGUCCGUGGGCGUGGGCGUGGCCUAGUCAUCAGCCACCAGGAAUAUGUUCAGCUCCUUUUGUUGCUAUCUCACUCUUUUAUUGAUCUUAUGAAGAAAACAGUUCAUACAAGGGGAUAAGUUAUGGUGACUAUUUUCAUUGGUACAUUUUUCCUAUAAGUAUCACAGCUGAUAAGAUAAGGCAACACCUCUCUUGGUAUUGAUUGAUUUAAUUGAUUUUACAAUUUAAAAAAAUACAUACAUUCAGUAGCUACAUACAUUUAAAAAACGAUCAAGGAUAAUACAAUCAAGUGCAUUACUUAUUUCCGUUGUAUAGGCUAUCCUUGUUAGUGCAUGGUACACGAAUACGCUCUGUAGUGUAAAUGAUUAUACAGUGCAUUCGGAAAGUAUUCAGAUCCCUUGACUUUUUCAAAAUUUUACGUUACAGCCUUAUUCUAAAAUUGAUUAAAUUAAAUUGUUUCCCCCCCCUCAUCAAUCUACACAAUCAUCAAUCAAGAGGUCAAUCCCCCAUAAUGAGAAAGCAAAAACUGGUUUUUAGACAGUUUUGUAAAUGUAUUAAAAAAAUAAAACAGAAAUCACAGUUAGAUAAGUAUUCAGACCCUUUACUCAGUACUUUGUUGAAGCACCUUUGGCAGCGAUUACAGCCUCGGGUCUUCUUAGGUAUGACGUUACAAGCUUGGCACACCUGUAUUUGGGGAGUUUCUCCCAUUCUUCUCUGCAGAUCCUCUCAAGCUCUGUCAGGUUGGAUGGGGAGCGUCGUUGCACAGCUAUUUUCAGGUCUUUCCAGAGAUGUUCGAUUGGGUUCAAGUCCGGCCUCUGGCUGGGCCACUCAAGGACAUUCAGAGACUUUUCCCGAAGCCACUCCUGCGUUGUCUUGGCUGUGUGCUUAGGGUCGUUGUCCUGUUUUAACGUGAACCUUCGCCCCAGUCUGAUGUCCUGAGCGCUCUGGAGCAGGUUUUCAUGAAGGAUCUCGCUGUACUUUGCUCCGUUCAUCUUUCCCUCGACCCUGACUAGUCUCGCAGUCCGUGCUGCUGAAAAACAUCCCCACAGCAUGAUGCUGCCACCACCAUGCUUCACCGUAGGAAUGGUGCCAGGUUUCCAUCAGACGUGACGCUUGGCAUUCAGGCCAAAUAGUUCAAUCUUGGUUUCAUCAGACCAGAGAAUCUUGUUUCUCAUGGUCUGAGAGUCUUUAGGGGCCUUUUGGCAAACUCCAAGCGGGCUGUCGUGUGCCUUUUACUGAGGAGUGGCUUCCGUCUGGCCACUCUACCAUAAAGGCCUGAUUGGUGGAGUGCUGCAGAGAUGGUUGUCCUUCUGGAAGGUUCUCCCAUCUCCACAGAGGAACUCUGGAGCUCUGUCAGAGUGACCAUUGGGUUCUUGGUCACCUCCCUGACCAAGGCCCUUCUCCCCCGAUUUCUCAGUUUGGCCGGGCGGAAAGCUCUCGUAAGAGUGUUGGUUGUUCCAAACUUCUUCCAUUUAAGAAUGAUGGAGGCCACUGUGUUCUUGGAGACCUUUAAUGCUGCAUAAAUGUUUUGGUCCCCUUCCCCAGAACUGUGCCUAGACACAAUCCUGUCUCGGAGCUCUACGGACAAUUCCUUCGACCUCAUGGCUUGGUUUUUGCUCUGACAUGCACUGUCAACUGUGGGACCUUAUAUAGACAGGUGUGUGCCUUUCCAAAUCAUGUCCAAUCAAUUGAAUUUACCAUAGGUGGACUCCAAUCAAGUUGUAGAAACAUCUCAAGUAUGAUCAGUGGAAACAGGAUGCACCUGAGCUCAAUUUCGAGUCUCAUAGCAAAGGGUCUGAAUACUUACGUAAAUAAGCUAUGUCUGAUUUUUAAAUGUGCUAAAAUGUCUAAAAACCUGUUUUCGCUUUGUCAUUAUGGGGUAUUGUGUGUAGAUUGAUUAGGAUAUAUAUAUUUUUGAAUCCAUUUUAGAAUAAAGCUCUAACGUAACAACAUGUGGAAAAAGUCAAGGGAUCUGAAUACUUUCCGAAUGCCCCGUCUACAGCCAAGGUAUUAUCCUCUCGCAGGAGACAUGCUCUCUCCUCCAGCUUCGUGCCACUUAGUUCCUCAGACCCUCUCAUGAUCAUAACAUAUUAUUAGUCUGAUUCCCUCACUUCUUUUGCUAUUUUUUUCAUUCUCCUUCUUUUCUGUAAUCCUCUGCAGCAGCAACUCUGCCAGGGAGAGAGAGCGGUAGAGAGAGGGAGAGAUAUUUGCUUAACCAAAUCCUCUAAGGAGGCACCCCUUCUUUGAUCCUCUCCCAAAUUUACUGUAUCUGCUUUCAUUUGGUCAUCUGUCAGGUGGCUGUGCCGCGUAGGAUGAGAGGAAGCAGACACAGAGAGACAGAGACAAUAGUCCAUGCCUAACUCCUCUCUCUCUCUCUCUCGCUUUCUUUCCCUGUCACUCCUUCCAUCUCUCUUGCUCCCUCUCACUUUCUUUCUCUACUCCCUCUAUCUCUCUCGCUUCCUCUCAUCCCAAUUGAAGUUAUGCUGGUGUCUUUUUCAACGUCAGAACUUUGGAUGGCAUGUCUGUAACUCUGUAUGUGUCGGAUAGCGUUCUCAAGAGCUCACCACUUUGAUGGCAUGCCAAAGUGAGCCAAGGUUUGCCCUCUUUGUUGGUCACUUGGAGUGCAAACAACAAAUCCAAAAUCAACACACAAGCAUACACACACAAUACCGUUAAGUGAUUAAGUUCUAUGUUCCACUGGUGAGUGAGAUGAUCGACCCUGUUGAAUCGACUUGAUUUGUUUUGUGAUGAUUUCAUGUUAUGUCUCCGUUAAAUCAGUGACAUCAUUUCCCUAACCUCGCCUCCUCUUGUAUUCCAGCCAGGAGCUUUCCAUGGCUCAAAGAUGUCAUUGUAAUCUCCCACAAAAGAGAGAGCUCCUUUUUAAUCUUCCUCCUCUUCAUUCUCUCGCUCCGCUCCUCCAUCCCUCCAUUAGCAGGGAAAUUGAGUGUUUUGCCCUUUCUCUUCUCAUCCUCCCUCUCCUUCUGAUCUGUUGUGUCAUCCAUUCAACAGUUCACACACAUCCGCUCCCAGAAUGAUCCAUCCAAGUUAAAAUGACUCACUCUGUUCUCUCGCUCUCUUUCUCUCUCUCCACAGUGAACACCUGUCGUGCUCGUUCCCCUUCUUCCUCCAUGGGGAGAGUAACGUGUGCACCAGCGUGGAGAUCAACCAGCACCAGCCUGUCUACCACCUGAGUGACGAGCACCUCACCCUGGCCCAGCAGGCCUCCAGCCCCUUCCAAGGUGGGUGGAGUGGAGUGUAUAGAGUAUUGUGAUACUAAACCUGGUAUCGGCAUCAAAGUCAAAAUUCUGGUAUCGUGACAACACUAAACCCUAAUUCUUACUCUAACCCUAAUUGUAACCCUAAACCUAAAAUAGCCUUUUUGCUUGUUCUGGCAAGAUGUCCCCACUUAUCAGAAUUUUCCUUGUUUUACUAUCCUGGUCCCCACAAGGAUACAAGGAUAAUAAAACCAAAAACACACACACACUCUGUUCUCUCUGCUCCGUGUUGUGUCUCUAAUAGAAGACAAGAGUAAUCCUCAGGUAUUAAGAACAGGCACCGCCCCUCCUCUCUCCUCCGCUCCUCUCCUCCACUCCUCCUCGCUUCAUCAGACAGCCUGACAGUAAUGAUGUGCCACCAGCAGCCCUCACACACCUCCCUCUGUCCCUCCCCCUCUUUCCCCUUCUUCUGGCUUUUCCCUGUCCUUUUCCUACUCCUCCUCUCACGUACCCUUCCCCAAUUCCUCCACCUCUCCCCUGCCACCACCACCUCCUAUUCUACUUCUCUUCUCAUUCCCUGCCUCCCUCCCUCUAGCCCUCACAGUGCUGUCCCCACUAGCUGAUCUCUGCUGCUAUAGACAUCUGUACAAUUAGCGGGGCCCAACGGCAGCAGCAGAGACGGUGCCAGGCAGGGUGUACAACACAGACACACAGAGAAGCGGGAGCCUACACCGCAACAAAAGAGAUCCCAACAAAAGAAAGAGAGAGAGAGAGGCUCCCUCACUACAGAGGAGGAGGGGGAGGGAAGCAUGAAGGAGCGAUCAUUACACCAGGCACAAGGGCUUUGCCUUAGGUUAGAGAACAAAAUGCCACCUCCGCUCUUCUCUUCCUCUCAACUCCUCUCUCAGUUAGACUGAGUUAUUCCUCAGCCCCCCUCCAUCCCCUCUCCACCCACCUAAUAAUGGUGAUCACUUUGUCCAUUCUCUGAUCUGACUGGAGCGCAGCGGCAGUGCGGCACAGGGAAUCUGAUUCACAGGGAAAACUAGCUGUGCAGAGCCUGUGGUUUAGCGGUAGGCCUAACGCUCCCAGCCAGUCACAUAUACUCAGCUCCCCACCAGAGACCAGGGUUUAAUCCCCGUAUCCACCCUUCCUACUGUUUUCCCACUUGCCUGUCUCCCCUUCUGUUUCUAGCUGUCUGAAUAAAGUGUAAAAAUGAAACAAAAAUAUUUUACUACUAUUCUAAUUAGAGCCUUGUUCUGUUUAAAACCCCUUCUAUUAAAGCAUGUUGGUCUAUUUAUUCAAUAGCAGGUUAUUGAAUGUAAUUCCAGUAACGGUAGAGAGGGAUGGGUUUUUUGCACGGCAGGUCGAUAGAUAGAUAGAUAGAUAGAUAGAUAGAUAGAUAGAUAGAUAGAUAGAUAGAUAGAUAGAUAGAUAGAUAGAUAGAUAGAUAGAUAGAUAGAUAGAUAGAUAGAUAGAUAGAUCUACACUGCACAGCACAGCAAAGCGCUACUGUGUGACUCUCUCACUCUCUCUUUAGUCACUAGUGUGUGUCAGUAUUUGUAUUUAUUUAUUAAGGAUCCCCAUUAGCUGCUGCCAAGGCAGCAGCUACUCUUCCUGGGGUCCAGCAACAUUAAAGCAGUUACACACAAUUUAAAAUAUUACAUGACAUUACACUUUACCCAAUACAUUUAGUGUGUUCCCUCAGGCCACUACUCCACUAUCACAUAUUUACAAUACAACAUCCAUGUGUACGUGUGUGUAGAGUGGGUGUCUUAUCAUGUGUAUGUGUGUCUGUGCCUGUGUGUGCCUCUUCACAGUCCCCUCUGUUCCAGAAGGUGUAUUUUUGUAUCAGUUUAAAAAAAAUCUGAUUCUAUUGCUUGUAUCAGUUAGCUGAUGUGGAAUAGAGUUCCAUGUAGCCAUGGCUCUAUGUAGUACUGUGCGCCUCCCAUAGUCUGUUCUUGACUUGGGGAUUGUGAAGAGACCUUUGGUGGCAUGUCUUGUGGGGUAUGCAUGGGUGUCCGAGCUGUGUGCUAGUAGUUUAAACAGACACCUCGGUGCAUUCAGCAUGUCAACACUUAUUACAAAAACAAGUAGUGAUGAAGUCAGUCUCUCCUCCACUUUGAUCCAUGAGAGAUUUACAUGCAUAUUAUUAAUGUUAGCCCUCUGCGUACAUUUAAGGACCAGCCGUGCUGCCCUGUUCUGAGCCAAUUGUAAUUCUCAGAGGUUUCUUUGUGGCACCUGACCACACGACUGAACAGUAGUCCAGGUGCGACAAAACUAGAGCCUGUAGGAACUGCCUUGUUGAUAGUGUUGUUAAAAAGGCAGAGCAGCGGUUUAUUAUGGACAGACUUCCCCCCAUCUUAGCUACUGUUGUUUCAACAUGUUUUGACCAUGACAGUUUACAAUCCAGGGUUACUCCAAGCAGUUUAGUCACCCCAACAUGCUCAAUUUCCACAUUAUUUAUUAUAAAAUUUAGUUGAGGUUUAGGGUUUAGUGAAUUAUUUGUCCCAAAUACAAUACUUUUAGUUUUUGAAAUAUUUAGAUCUAACGUAUUCCUUGCCACACAUUCUGAAACUAACUGCAGCUCUUUGUUAAGUGUUGCGGUAAUUUCACUCGCUGUAGUUGCUGACGUGUAUAGUGUUAAGUCAUCCGCAUACAUAGACACACUGGCUUUACUCAAAGGCAGUGGCAUGUCAUUAGUAAAUAUUGAAAAAAUUAAGGGGCCUAGACAGCUGCCUUGGGGAAUUCCUGAUUCUACCUAGAUUAUGUUGGAGAGGCAUCCAUUAAAGAACACCCUCUGUGUUCUGUUAGACAGGUAACUCUUUAUCCACAAUAUAGCAGGGAGUGUAAAGCUAUAACACAUACGUUUUUCCAUCAACAGACUAUGAUCGAUAAUGUCAAAAGCCGCACUGAAGUCUAACAAAACAGCUCCCACAAUCUUUUUACCAUCAAUUUCUCUCAGCCAAUCAUCAGUCAUUUGUGCAAGUGCUGUGCUUGUUGAAUGUCCUUUCCUAUAAGCGUGCUGAAAGUCUGUUGUCAAUAUCUUUACAGUAAAAUAGCAUUGUAUCUGGUCAACAACAAAAAAUCUCCAAAAAGUUUACUACGGGUUGGUAACAGGCUGAUUGGUCGGCUAUUUGAGCCAGUAAAGGGGGCUUUACUAUUCUUGGGUAGCGGAAUGACUGUUGCUUCCCUCCAGGCCUGAGGGCACACACUUUCUAGUAGGCUUAGAUUGAAGAUAUGGCAAAUAGGAGUGGCAGUAUCGUCCGCUAUUAUCCUCAAUAAUUUUCCAUCCAAGUUGUCAGACCCCUGUGGCUUGUCAUUGAUAGACAACAAUUGUUUUACUUCUUCCAGACUCACUUUACGGAAUUCAAAAUUACAAUGCUUGUCUUUUAAUUAUUUGAUAAGUUAUACUUGGAUGUGUAGAUGAAUGCUAGAUCAGGAUUAGGUCAAGUCUAUCAGAUAGUGGACAAGACCCGUAGCUACUGUACUGCCUCUGCUCUUUUACCAAUAUACCAACCUGUCCAUAGCAUGUAUGGGACUUGAGCUGGCAGACUGAAAGACAUGCUGCUCUAUGUGUUUGGUGCCAUAUUGCACAGGCAAAUGGAUAAAUGGUUUAAUGUGGAGUCAAUUGUCCUCUGGUCAUCAAAUAUGUUUAUCUUCAAUUAAAGACAGUGUUUAAUGCACUGUGGUGGGACCACUGAUGUGACCAGUACUGUAUGUCAGAGCACUCCCCCUCUACCAAUGGGUAAUGAUAGUGUGUUUGAAAUCAGUACAAACCAAAGGCUGAAUUUCUAGGGUGUGUGCAGGUGUGUGUUCUAGCCACUAACUGGGUGUCUGUUUUAGCAGAUUGAGCGUAGCGGCAGAUAAGGGCUGACGUCUGCUAGUCUCCUCCCUCCCUCCCUCUCUCCCCCACCACUCACCUCUGACAGGCUUGGUUUAGUGUGCAGUAGAGCGCUCCAGCCUCUUCAGGAUAUGACCUCAUAAAACAGCGCAGAGUGAAUGUAAUGAACUCUCAGCCCAUUUAACUGAUCUGAGCAUAUUUGACAUGUCUUCAGGGAGAUGGAGAAAGAGAGAGAGAGAAGGGGAGAUGGAGACAGAGAGAGAGAGAGGAGAGAUGGAGACAGAGAGAGAGAAGGGGAGAUGGAGACAGAGAGAGAGAGAAGGGGAGAUGGAGACAGAGAGAGAGAGAAGGAGAGAUGGAGACAGAGAGAGAGAGAGAAGGGCAGAUGGAGACAGAGAGAGAGAGAGAAGGGGAGAUGGAGACAGAGGGAGAGAGAGAAGGAGAGAUGGAGAGGAGUAUGGGAGAAGCCAGAGCUCGAGAGAUGGAGACGAUGGGCAUGAGAGAAUGAGACGAGAGAGAGAGAGCAGAUGGAGACAGAGAGAGAGAGUGAUCAGGAAGAUAGGAGAGCGACAGAGAGAGUGACUAGAUGGAGACAUGAGAGUGAAGGGUGAGAUGAGCAUUGGAGAUAGGUUAGGAUGGGAGAUGGAGACAGAGAGAGAGUGAAGGGGAGAUGGAGAAAUGCACACACAAAGAGAGAGGGUAUGUCGUGAUCAUAUCAACAUUAAUUACAUUCAAACUCUCCCUGUGACGUGUAGUGCUUGUGCUCCUGCAAUGCAAAUUACCUUAGGUUUACGACAGCCUGUUCUCCCUCAAUAGUCAAUCAAUUUCUGCUGAAGCAGUUGUUGGAUGUUACAAUGAAUGAAGUCCAGGACCGGGCUCGAGAGGGUUCAGGGUUGUGUUCUGGAAUGGACCGCAUAGGACAUAAGAGGUGUGUAUGAGUCAGUUAGUCAGUCAGUCUGUCUGUUUCCUGUUGUAGUCUCUGAGGGAACUGGAUGUUCACUCAAUUGUCUGGUGCGGUCACCAUCCACUUACUACUUACUAUGGCCUCUCCACCCAAUAUCAGUGUGGUGGGAAUAUGAAUAUAGAUCGACUAGCCUUCUCCUUAAAAGAUCCUGACCUUAAGUGGCUUGUGUUUAGCUGGCCAGCACUCUGUGUGUUCUAGAUGUUCUCUCUCUCACUCUCUCUCGCUCUCUCUCUAUCUGUCUGUCUGUCUGUCUGUCUGUCUGUCUGUCUGUCUGUCUGUCUGUCUGUCUGUCUGUCUGUCUGUCUGUCUGUCUGUCUGUCUGUCUGUCUGUCUGUCUGUCUGUCUGUCUGUCUGUGUCUGUCUGUCUCACUGUGUUCCCUGUGAGAUUGCCUUCUCUUCCCCCCCCUUCUCCCUCCUGGAAAGCUCCAUCCUGUCCAGCCAGUGAGCCACUAGACCAGAUCAAUACUCACAGGGACAGGGCCAUACACUACAACAGUGAUUCUCAAGUGGUGGGUCGUGGGAGGUUUUGAAUGGGUCGUGGGUGUCUGAGUAAAGAAAUAAUAAUUAAGUCGGAACUUAAACUACUAAACGACUACAGCCAGGUAGAAAGUAGUAAAAAGUGAUUAAAAAAUGUAAUCUCUGAACUAUUUUUCUUCGAUCCCAGUGUUUUCAAUAUAGAGCUUUUACCAGUGCUUUUAGAACUUAUUAACAUUCUCCAUCAAGAAUAUGGGAAAAAUUGAAUUAUUUGGGAUUAUUUCCAUAAUUGCUACAGUUACUAUAAAUGUACCAUUCUCCGUUUAUGCUUCCUUAUCUGUUAAUGAUUAUCCUAACCUGUGAGGGGGUUGUCUAUGCUUUGGUGUCUAGCCCGGAUUUGAUACAGUAUUGAUACAGUAUGUGUAUGUGUGUCUGUACUGAAGGUGUUGUAAAGGGAGUCUGCUUGGUCAGAACGCUGUCGGUGCUAGCUAUCACUCCCUGCCCUAUCCUGUCCAGUCUCUACCUCAUUGUCUGUGUGUGCUGUGAAUCAGUCCUUUAUACAGUCCUGUUUAUAGGCUCUGAGAGGCCUGGGCCUGCCAGUGAUGGGCUGCUGUAUGUCUCUGGAAGUGUUCGGCCAGCCGUGUGCUGGUGGGAGAGAGAGAAUUGUGUUGGGGAAAGGUCACAUUAUUAACACUGGAUGGGCUGGGAUGGAGGGGUGAUAGGUGGAAGGAAAAUGGAUGAAAGUAUGUGGGGGGGUAAUAGAUCAGAGAGUGGUCGUAAUGGUGGGGGAUGGAUGUAUGCAGUAGGAUGGGGGGAUUUAUUCUGAUGUAACACAGCUUCUGUAGUGAGACUGACUAUGUAUCUCUCUUUCUCUCACCCCCCCUCUCUCUCUCUCCCUCCCUCCCUCUAGUCAUCCUGAGUCCGUUUGGUCUGAACGGGACUCUGACGGGUCAGUCGUUCAAGCUGUCAGACCCUCCCACCCAGAAACUGAUUGAGGAGUGGAACCAGUUCUAUCCCAUCAGCCCCAGCUCUAAAGACAAGGACAAGCACGGCUCGCCAUCGGAGGACAAGAUGGAGGACAUGGACUGGGAGGACGACUCCCUGGCCGCUGUGGAGGUCCUUGUCGGUAAGACACUCUCUCCUACACAGAACAGUCUCCCCUAAAAGUCUGCUAUAUGGCAGGGAAGAAAGGAUGGAGGUUAAAUUCCCUCAGGAAUCACAUACUAAAAAUGUAUGCAGAUUUGAUGACCCAUGUAGCUAACCGUGAGUGUGUGUCUGUCUCUUGGUCCAGGUGGUGUGAGGAUGGUGUACCCAGCCUGCCUGGUGCUGGUGCCCCAGUCUGACAUCCCAGCUGUAGCCCCCCAGGGGUCCUCCCACUGCACCACCGUCUACUCGGGUGGCCACCAAGUGCCUGCAUCCCAACGAGACCCCGCCAUCUCGUCGGUCACCCUCACGCCCCCCACAUCACCCGAGGAGGCCCAGACAGGUACAAUAAGUAAGUAUUUACAAACCUAUGGAUGUUUAUUUAAAUGACAGUCUGUAUAGGAUAUAUUAUGUAAAUAAGAUAUACCAUAUUCAUUAGAUAAUAAUAGAUUAGAUAAUAUAAAAAUGUGUCUGGAGAGUUGAUGUGACAUACAUGUAUGUCCCACUUAUAUAGUGUGCAGUGGACAAGAGGUGUCUUGUCAAAGCUGGUUAUUGUAGGACAAUAAAUAUUGCCACUUGUGGUUCGGUGAGACGAUUCAUAACCUCUCCCUCCCACCUCCUACCUCCCCCAGUGGACUCCCAGUCGGCUCAGAAGUGGGUGAAGAUGUCAUUGGCUGUGGACGGCUUCAGUGUGGACAGCACCAGUCACCACGGGGGGAAGAUCCCUCGCAGGCUUGCCAGCCAGGUGGUGGAGAGGGUCUGGCAGGAGUGCAAUAUCAACAGAGCUCAGAACAAGUACAUCUGUCUCAUAUACACACUCUCAACAAAGUCCUAGAACAAGUACAAUUGCUACUGUCUCAGGAUGCACACAAACACAUGCUCACACACACUGUCAACGAGCACAGGCUCACACACAGCUGACAGGAAAGCUAUGUCUACACCUCACACACAUGCAUGGUUAUCCUGUCAUAGACACACUCAACAGAGCCUAGAGCAGGAAUAAUCAACUAGAUUCAGCCACAGGCGGAUGAUCAGGGGGUAUUGGUCGGUCAUAUGCAUGAUCCAAACGUUAAUGAUGAAUUAAUGAUGAAUAAUGAAUAAGCUAAAUCAUGCAAAUAUAACUUGUCUGUGUAAGCAGUAUAUAAGAGAACUAACGGGACUGCCCCGGCGGAGCUCCUGACCGACGUGUACUAUGGUGCAUUAAGUUUGUUGGAACCGUUCCAGCUUGCUGAUAAUAAAGAACGAUUCAUUUAAUAUUGACUUCAGGUGUCCCUGGUAGUAAUUUCCACGACAUCUGGCCUAGAGAAUAUAUACAGUAUCUACAUUUGCCAAAUAUGUCUGUCAUAUAACAUAAACACACCACUGACAUUAAAUAGUUAAUAAAGCCUUAAUGUUGGUGCUUCUUUUACCAAAUGUAUAUUUUACAGAAGUAGCCUGUAGUAACUAAGAAAAAUUAUGUGUUGUGUGUGUUUCUCCAGGCGUAAAUUCUCAGCGACAGCCAACGGUACCUGUGAGGAGGAGCUGAUGGAGAAAGUAGGAACCUGGGACUUUGUAGAGUCAGCACAGAGGUCACACUGCAACUGCUCCAGGUGAACAAUGCAGUUUGUUUGUGUGUGUGUGUAUCUCUGGUUAGGGACCUGCACCCUAAGCCUUCUGUAAUGGGAUAUACUUGUAGUUUCUUGUGUUGACACAAGCUUGCCUUUUAAGGGAAGUUGACUCAUUUUCAUUGGAAUCUUACUCAACAAAACAGCGUUCAACACAUCAGUCUAAAAUGUGAGAAGUAUUUUAAUGUCAAUACGUAUGACAUUCAUCUCUAUUCCUCUGUUAAGUGACAACCCUGUCAGGAUUGAAGUGGCUUGUUGUAGUGUAUUUUCUUGGUGGGGCUAAAGCAGUUGUUCUUCACCAGAAACAGUGUGUGUCCCAAAUGGCACCCUAUUCCCUACAUAGUGCACUACUUUGAACAGAGCCAUGGUCCCUGGUCAAAAGUAGUGCACUAUGUAGGGAAUAGGGUGUCAUUUGGGAUGCCGUUGCAGAGACCCAGGGGCCAGUCUGACCUCUAGAAGGCCUGUUUAGGGAGAUGUCUGCUCUAAAAAUGGAGAGUGUGUCUGUAGAGCCUAAUGUUGACAAAUGAUCUGCUGCAUCUAGUUAAUGUGUGGAUGCGAGGUUGACUGUGGCCAGGCUGUUUCUGUUGGGGUUGGGACUCAGACAGUCAGACAUUAUCACAGCCCUGUGCGUGUGUGUGCGCGUGCAUGUGUUCUCUCUGAAGGGAAAAGCUGCAGUCAGCAUGUCCCACUGCUGUCUCCUGGCACAGACGUGCACACACACACAGCCGCAAAAACACACGUCACGCUGCAGCUCGCACAGAAAUAGAUGCUUGACACUCUGCACUUUUAUGCUGUCUCUCUGAGCGUUUGCUUUGUGUGUUUCUGCUUUAGGAGCACUUUCACUAUAGAUCGGGGGAGCGCCUUGCUCCGCACUGGUGGUGUUAGGGCAGGCAGGCUGUGUACAGGAGGUGAGGACAGAGCUGGGGGAAGUCUCAUUCUUCUGGCUAGAGCUGUUAUUUGGUUGGAGGGAAUCCAGCAUAUGGGAGGUAACAUUGAAAAGGGAGACCCUGUGUGUGCGGCACAAAUUCUAAUGGCCAUCGGCUUGGUGUGUGUCUGUGAGAGUGUGUGUUUACCAUAGAUAGUCAACUCUAGUGCCCAAAAGCCUGUUUUAGCAUGGGAAGCACCAUUGAGGACUUCACCAUUUUGAAGUAGUCAACUGGGUGGGACUUCAUAUGGGUUAAAGAAGGAUCACAAAAUCCAGGUCAUCAGGAGGGAUCAGCCAAUGAAUUAUACCCAUGAGCAAACAUUCCAUAACUGCAGGUGGCAGGAAAUCGGCAACCUUGGCUUCAUACCUGUUCAAAUAAUACACUCCAGGUGACAGUAUGCACACUUUCAGUUUGUUUACCAACUCAUAGAAGUAGUAGAAGAAGAAAAUGUACUACUUCAAAAUGGAGAUAGCCUCAAUGGCGGUGCCCGUGCUCGCACAGACGCCAUAAUGGGAUAGAUACAAAGAUGAGUCGUCUAUCUAAGUCUAUGGUGUUUACCCACUCUGCAUGUUGUUUUCGCUGCGACUUGCCCAUUCUCUGCCUGCCGACAGUUAAGCAGUUCCAUUCUUAUCCUUCCAAGUAGUGGGAAGGACAAUAGAACCCUCCCUCCCACCAUAAAAGAGGGAGAGCUUAGCUUAGCCGUCAACAUGCUGGCUGCUCCACGAGAACGAGCUGCCUGCAGUUACCAUGCUGACACACCAAUGGCCAAAUAACAACACCCAUCCCCAGCUGACCUGACCCUGAGUAGACCCCCAGCACCCCUCCCCCAACUCCCCCACAUCCACUUGUCAGUAUCAGAGUCUGUCUUUGGACUUGUUGCUCCUUGGUUCCCUUACAGUAAAAUGAGAGGUGAACAACACUGGUUCUUACUUAGUGGCUGGCUCUCCCCUGGCCUAGACUGGGGAAAGUGUGUGUGUGUGUUUGUCAUAGGGGGCCUGAGGGGGCGUGAGGGCCGGGGACCAACACAACACGUUCCAGGCCAUUUAAACCCAACAAGAAACAGGCCUCCCUCCCACCUGGGUCAUGUUCCGAAGGGUUUCACUUAGUUUUCUCCCCAAUGAACUCAGCGCUGGGGGAAUGCUCUAUUCUAGAUGAAAUGCAUGGUUUUGGUUAGGGAAUAAUAGAGUGCAGAAUAAUAACAUCAGUUUAAGAUGUUUGUUAGAGUAACAUCAACAUGACAUGAGGAGUUUAUUAGAUUUGAGAGGAACUCAUUUGUUCACUUAAUUGAUUCCGUGCUUUUCAAUUGCUACUCGGCUCCCACAGAUUCAGCUUCAUUCAAUUUCUUGUUGGUUAUUGAUUGAGCUAGAUUAGUGUUGCUGCUCAACGCUAGUUAUUGAGCUAAUGAAUGUUCACGAAUGCUAACAAAUGGCAUUAUUGUUAGUUUAUUAAUGUCUUGCAUGCUUCCUCUUCCUCUGUGUCCUCCCAGGCAUAAGUCCUUGAAGCAGCGAGGUGGCAGCACCCCGGGCCAGCCCCAGUCAGCAGGCCAGCCCACCCACAACCAACCACCCACCAAGCACAAGGCUGGGGGCGACAAGCCCGAGAAGGGCGACAAGCAGACCAAGAGGCCGCAGACGCCCUUCCACCACCGCAGUGCUGCCUGCGAUGACAUUACCAUGGAGACAGAGGUGGCGGCGGGCAAGCGGCUAGCCAUGAGGGCCCAGCAAGCGGGGGGUCGUUUCUCCGGCCUCCGCCCCUCUGACGGCAUCACCAAGCCCCCCCAGCUGCAUGGCGGAGGGGUGGGUAGCGGCGGCGGUUCCUCAGAGAUGACUGGUUCCCCCCAGCCCCCUCCCCUCAGCCCCCACCCCUGUGACCGAGGAGAGGAGACGGGGAACGGCUCCAUGAAGAACCCUUCAACCCCCCACAGUCAACACUUCUACCAGCCGCCCCCAGAGCCCUGCCUGGUGGGGCAGAAGGGUGGCGAGGGGGAACCCCGGAGGCUAGACGGCCUGGCCCAGCACUUCCACCACCCUCACGCGUCCUACCCCUCAGAGCCCCUGGAGCCCACCAUGUAUGUAGGCUCUGCAGUAAACCUGGAGGAGGACGGCUCCCCUGCGCCAUGGAGGUUCUUCAACCUGCCCAGGAGGAAAGAGGCCGAGAUGCCAACGCUGCCUGGGGACAAGCUGAGGGACAGGGAGAGAGACGAGGCCUCGGGAGGACAGGAGGUGGUGUCUGUCACUGAGUGAGUGUAUCUCCCCAUUAAUUCAUUCAUUCAUUAAUUCACCAUUCAUCCUUAUCUCCCCAUUGAACACCCACUAUUGCCCAUAGAGGGUGCUAGAUGCCCCCAGACAUUUACAUUUUCAUCCCUUCUGGUACACAGACAGACAAGUCCCUUUUUAAGGACUUCCAACAUUCUAGAAAAAAAGUGUUUUGAAAGAGCACAACCAGGCCUCUCCCCCCUCACCUCCCCCUUUCCCCUCCCCUCCCUUCCCCCUCGCCGCCCGUGCCUCAGAAUGUUCAGAAUGUUUGGUGGCGCAUACGGCACGUUACUCUCUCGCUAUGUGCCCUUUUGACAUCAUACAUCACUAAUGUGCAUGGCCAGCACUGCAGCACAGACUGGAGAGAGCUUAUUGAUCUCCCCCAACACACACACACACGCCCCCUCUAUUACAACUCCCCCCUUCUUCCUUCCUCUCCACCCUGAACACGUGAAGGAGAGUGGCAUCCUCGAAGCCUUGAUGUCAGAAAAGAGGUGUCGCUUCACACACACACAGAGAGAGAGAGAGAGAGAGAGAGAGAGAGAGAGAGAGAGAGAGAGAGAGAGAGAUAGAGACUAAGGGAUAGAGAGAGAGAGAGAGAGAGAGAGAGAGAGAGAGAGAGAGAGAGAGAGAGAGAGAGAAAGAGAGAGAGAGAGAGAGAGACUAAGGGAUAGAGGGAGGAUGGGCCGGAGAGCAGGCAGGUAGGGCCGAGCGGUGUUGGGAAGUAUCUGAGGGGUAAUGCAUUUCAGGGAUGGCUGCUGGACAGUGCUGUGGGCAGGGCUAUGGACAAAAGGACUAUUCUGGUGCGGAGAAAGGGAGGGAAGGGAUGGCGGGACAGAGGUAGGGAGGGAGUAAUCCUGGCGGCAGGGACAUUGCUCUGAAUGGAUGCUAAUCUCUGGCUUGGGCCACUGCGCACUGUCACCUCACAUCGCAGCCUGGCCGGAGAGAGGGAGGAGGGAGAGAGAGAGGACCUACAUGAGCUGGCUCACUCCCCUUUGGUCACUCCCCCUCCCUUCCCCCUUAGAGAGGCCCGGCAGGGCUCACUGUCUGGUAACAUCUAAACAACCACAACAUCAACAACUAGAACACAGACACAUGAAACACAAUGAUUCACAGAUUACAUUGAAAAAGAGACAUGCAUUGCUUUACCUCCCCACAUGAAUGUUGAUGGAUUACUAUUGUUGAUAGACUGCACUCUGUGGCCCUGUCUGUCCUAAUGAAUCGCCCCCUGUCCCCGUCCACACCCAGGCUGAUGGCCACUUCCAAGCGGCCUCUGAAGGUGUCCGAGGAGCGCGUGCAGAUGUACCUCCAGCAGAGGAACCAGUACCUGGCCGCCGCCAUCACCGACGAUGACGACCACGAGCCCGAGGUGGAUCCCUACGCCUUCGAGGACGGGGACGUCAAGUUCUCCUUCUCCGACAAGAAGGACAAGACGGGCGGCGAGCGCCAGCCUGGGAAGAAACACAAGGUAGGGCUAAAGUUACAACUUCAUCAACUGGGGCGGCUGAGGCAAAUCAUUUCCUCCCAUCGCUGUUGCUGCUGCCGCCAACAUGCCACUGUUUGUGACCGCCUUUAUGGUCAGGCAGCAGGAAGGGUUCAGUUAAGGGUCACAAGAUAAGCGAUCCUGCACUGUAAAUGUCUCGCUAGCUGGACUCUGCUUUUUCCCACCCAGAUCUACUGCGCAGGAAGCCAGCUCCAACUCCCAUUGUUAUCCCAGCAGAGGGAUGCCAAAAUAGUUUUAUGCCUCUAAUUUCCUCCCUCUCAUUUAGUUUAGUUUGUGUCUUUUCUAUCUGCCCCCUCUCCCCUGCCAUGUGGGCUCAGGCUGUUGUCUUAAUAUUGUCUCUCUCUGUUUCCAAAUCUGGACCACCUGUUAGCUGUGGAAACGGCCCCAGCACUAGGGGGAGAGCAGGGGGGAGUGUGUGGGUGUGGGGAUAGGAGAGAGCUGCCUGGCAGUGGCAGCCUCCCUGUCUGCCUGUCUCCCUGUCUGCCUGUCUCCCUGUCUGCUUGUCUGUGAGGCAUGGAGGAGGGGGAGGGAGGCGCUGUGUUGGCUGGGGCUUAAACAGGCCAAAUAAACCUGACUUACUGAACCGUGCACGUUUAAAAUAGCCUUUUUGUAUUUUGUUUUAUUUCACGAGGGCUGCUGAGCUUUUUUCUUCUCCCUCAAGUUUGUGUGUGCGUGCGUGCGUAUGUGUGGUACUGUACUGUUACUGCUGCACUGCUUCUGAUACAGGAGGUCCCCCAGUGGCCACUAUGUGCAGUGGAGCCCUUCCACAAUCUGCUGAGCACAUGGGGUGUGUGUGUUACCUCAGCUAACUCUUGCCCCCUUGGUCAUGCUUCACUCUGCAUUGAUGACGCUGCAAAGCGACGGCCUAUGUUUUGUGCACUUUUAUGUGUGUGUUCAUGACUGGGUGUGUGCCAUAGACUCUCUUGCCAUUGCCAAAUUGGCCAAUGUCCCCAUCCCGCUGAGUUGUCUGUGUGUGUGCAGGAGGUUGGCAUGCUGUCAAAGCUCAAACGUGCUCUAGUUGAACCACUAGAAACAAUGUUCCCUCUAAGUUUUUUAGGCACUGAGCAAAUUUCAGGUCUGCUGAACACAAACUUGAACGUUGUGAACACUGAGGCUGUACCUGCUUUAAGUUACAGUUUUAACAGUGGCCAAUUCAUCAUAAUGUAGGCCUAUCAGAGAGGCCUACCAUUAAAAACAAUGGAGAAAAUGCAUCACAUAACAUUUUAAAAUGAAAAUAGUGGUUAUUUCAUUCAGUCUACAGUAGCAGCCAAUUCCAUGAGACUUUUGAAAAAAACCUGCAGGGCUUGACAUUAACCUGUUUAUCUACUUGUCCUUCAGACAAGGAGAUGACUGAAAAUGUUGUUGUUGUUUGAUUCAAGAAACCACUUUACAAAAUAAAAUGUAUUAUUAAUCAGACAAAUUAUUCUACCAUCUGCCUAUUGGCUACUUAGCUCAUUCAAGCCUGUCUCAAAAUACAACACUGCCCCUUUAAGACAUAAAGAAAUGCUAUUUACCUGACUCGCUUUUCAAAGAUUGCUAGAAAUGUAACGUUUUGUGCUCUUGUAGGAAGCAAUCACUCCCACAUUGCUGACUACAAAUUAGCUAUAACUGGACUAACAACUCACUAACUAGCAAAGAAUAUGAACAAAUGUGCACACGUGGCUACGUGCAGCUCUCGCUUUGAUCUCAAAACAAGCGCAUAAUAAUCACGACCGCUCAUGCUGUAAAACAGUCCAGUUCAGAGCGAAUGGUACAAAUUCAAAUAUGGCAAUGGUCUAUUUGCAUAUAGGGUUACUGCAGCUCUGAUUGGUUAUGGCGCACCGAUCUGUGUAGAGUACGUGCCUGAGUCGUGCCUAUUCCGAUGCGCUCUGCCUACAACAAAAUCUCUUACGUACAGUGGGGAGAAUAAGUAUUUGAUACACUGCCGAUUUUGCAGGUUUUCCUACUUACAAAGCAUGUAGAGGUCUGUAAUUUGUAUCAUAGGUACACUUCAACUGUGAGAGACGGAAUCUAAAACAAAAAUCCAGAAAAUCACAUUGUAUGAUUUUUAAGUAAUUCAUUUGCAUUUUAUUGCAUGACAUAAGUAUUUGAUACAUCAGAAAAGCAGAACUUAAUAUUUGGUACAGAAACCUUUGUUUGCAAUUACAGAGAUCAUACGUUUCCUGUAGGUCUUGACCAGGUUUGCACACACUGCAGCAGGGAUUUUGGCCCACUCCUCCAUACAGACCUUCUCCAGAUCCUUCAGGUUUCGGGGCUGUCGCUGGGCAAUACGGACUUUCAGCUCCCUCCAAAGAUUUUCUAUUGGGUUCAGGUCUGGAGACUGGCUAGGCCACUCCAGGACCUUGAGAUGCUUCUUACGGAGCCACUCCUUAGUUGCCCUGGCUGUGUGUUUCGGGUCGUUGUCAUGCUGGAAGACUCAGCCACGACCCAUCUUCAAUGCUCUUACUGAGGGAAGGAGGUUGUUGGCCAAGAUCUCGCGAUAUAUGGCCCUAUCUAUCCUCCCCUCAAUACGGUGCAGUCGUCCUGUCCCCUUUGCAGAAAAGCAUCCCCAAUUAUGUUUCCACCUCCAUGCUUCACGGUUGGGAUGGUGUUCUUGGGGUUGUACUCAUCCUUCUUCUUCCUCCAAACACGGCGAGUGGAGUUUAGACCAAAAAGCUCUAUUUUUGUCUCAUCAGACCACAUGACCUUCUCCCAUUCCUCCUCUGGAUCAUCCAGCUGGUCAUUGGCAAACUUCAGACGGGCCUGGACAUGCGCUGGCUUGAGCAGGGGGACCUUGCGUGCGCUGCAGGAUUUUUAUCCAUGACGGCGUAGUGUGUUACUAAUGGUUUUCUUUGAGACUGUGGUCCCAGCUCUCUUCAGGUCAUUGACCAGGUCCUGCCGUGUAGUUCUGGGCUGAUCCCUCACCUUCCUCAUGAUCAUUGAUGCCCCACGAGGUGAGAUCUUGCAUGGAGCCCCAGACCGAGGUUGAUUGACCGUCAUCUUGAACUUCUUCCAUUUUCUAAUAAUUGCGCCAACAGUUGUUACCUUCUCAUCAAGCUGCUUGCCUAUUGUCCUGUAGCCCAUCCCAGCCUUGUGCAGGUCUACCAUUUUAUCCCUGAUGUCCUUACACAGCUCUCUGGUCUUGGCCAUUGUGGAGAGGUUGGAGUCUGUUUGAUUGAGUGUGUGGACAGGUGUCUUUUAUACAGGUAACGAGUUCAAACAGGUGCAGUUAAUACAGGUAAUGAGUGGAGAACAGGAGGGCUUCUUAAAGAAAAACUAACAGGUCUGUGAGAGCCGGAAUUCUUACUGGUUGGUAGGUGAUCAAAUACUUAUGUCAUGCAAUAAAAUGCUAAUUAAUUACUUAAAAAUCAUAUAAUGUGAUUUUAUGGAUUUUUGUUUUAGAUUCCGUCUCUCACAGUUGAAGUGUACCUAUGAUCAAGAUUACAGACCUCUACAUGCUUUGUAAGUAGGAAAACCUGCAAAAUCGGCAGUGUAUCAAAUAGUUGUUCUCCCCACUGUAGUUAGUUUACAUACUAAGUCUUGCAUAGUUCUCUUUGUUUCGCUAUGUUGCAUUGAAAGUGGCUAAUAUUGUGUUGAUUCGAUCACAAUUCCCACAGUAAAGGGAAACGUUGAUAGGGUUAACUCUAGAACUCUAGAAAGUUGAGUGAAAUUCAAUCUCGUGCUUCUCUGCGGUGAUAUUUAUUCUCUUCUGGGUGGCAGUCCCGGGGGAGCUGCGCGCCCAUGCACGCGUGCAGCUUAGAGUGAACAUUGACUAGAAACCCCUGCCUAUGAAACAAAACAGUACACUCACUUACUAGUGGAGCCGGGCGUACAGUAGCAGCAGAGAAAACAGGAAAGGGUAGUCUCUAGUAGUGCUGUACUGUGGGGCACAAUAUGAACAUCACACUGACUGACUGGUCUCUACUAAAGUCUAAACCAGUGGUUCUCAACUGGUUUUGCCUUGGAACCCAAAUUCAAGCAGGUUUUCUCAGGGCGACCUAAUAUUCACAUUGCGAAAAAAAGAAUCACCAAAAUACAAUCUGGAAAACUAUUUUUAAUGCUAUACUGAUUGUAAAUGUAGCAAUUAUAUGACAAGGGAACAACAUUCCCACCUUUCAUUGUCACUACUUACAUUUUGCCCAUAUUAUUAAUGAAGAAUGUUAAUAAACUCUGGUUUGAGACCACAAAAUCAACGCCGCUAAUAGCUCUAUAUUGAAAAUACUGCGAUUGAAAACAAUUAUUUAAAAAUGUAAGUUCAUUAUAAUUUCUACACACUUUUUACCUGGUUUAAGUCGUUUAAGUUCAGACUGGAGUAUUUAUUCAUAAAAGUAUAUAUAUAUAAAAUGUUUUACUUGGACACCCGAGUAAAAAAUAAUCGCUGUUCUAAACUGUGUUGUUCAGCGGCUGCAGGCUCCUCUCCUCUGCUUUACAAUGAGGUCGCCAUGUCACUAGAGCAUCCACAUUCUUUGGAUUUACAGACUGAAAUGGCUGCGUUUGAGAGGCAGGAUCUUUUGAAUAAGUGCCUGACCCCUCAGAUAAAAUGGCCGGAGAUGGCGAGCGAGAGGGGGAGAGAGAGUGGACUCUUUCAUGCAGACAGCUUUGGAAUAAUAAGGGCAGUGUGACGCAAGGCUGGAACGCAUCCAUACAAACACAGGCACUCACGCACGCACACACGGAAGGCUCCAGCGUUCCAGCCAAGGGUCAGUUAUUGAUAAGGGGCCAGUUGGCGUCAUUAGUGCGUUUUUAUAGGUUUUCGUCUUCUGCAGUUUUUUUUUUUUUUUUUUGCUGUCGUGCAGCAGGCCUUCAAAGGAAACAGAUUAAAGGCCCUUUACACAGAGAGAGAGAGCCCCUGGAGCGUAAUGAAAUCAAUGGCCACUGGAACAUGCCAUUCCCAUUCCUUCAGCCCCAACCCCUUGUGUGUGUGUGUGUGUGUGACUGUGUAUGUGUGUCCUGGCUGCCAUGUACACGGAGGCCCCAUCAUAAUAUAUAAUAUAUGCCAUUUAGCUGAUGCUUUUAUCCAAAGUGACUUACAGUCAAGCAUGCAUACAUUUUCUGUAUUGGUGGCCCCAAUGGGAAUCGAACCUACGAUCCUGGCGUUGCACGUGCCAUGCUCUACCAACUGAGCCACAGAGAACCACAAGAGCACACAGCCCUAUCCCUGAGAGAUAUUGACGUAGUGUCGUGGCAUUAGGGCUCCCUCCCUCCCUGGGCCAGGAGGCCAUGGCAUUUCUCACAUACACUGGUAGUCUGGAAAUCUCAUUAGUAUAGUCAGUAUAGAGACGUUUGUUCGUUCCCUUCUUUUCUCUCUUCUCUCUAUUUUUUUUAAGUCUGCCAAAAAUAAACCUAUUCUCCACUGAGACUGAGAGAGCGGCCCAGCUCUUAUGGGCUGGAGACACCUGUGUACUUUCUACAGUUAGGCAGGAGAUUUCCCUCUUGUUAUGUGGUUUAGACUGUGUUUAUUGUAAAUAAAACAACAACAGUUUCAUAUUGACUGUAUCUGCUAUUGCCUUUUAUCCAUUAUCAAUAUAUUUUGAUUGUUUCUGAUCAGCUAUAUCCUAUCGGUUCUGUUUCUUUGCAUUGUUUUGUGCACAAUAUUGAUCUCUCUCUUGGUCUCUCUCUCGCUCUUUCUAUCUCUCUCUCGCGCUCUCGCUCACUCUCCGUCUCUCUCUCUCUUUGUGCCUCUCUCUUUCUAUGUCUCUUUCUAUGUCUCUCUCUCUGUCUAUGUCUCUUUCUCUGUCUGUCUCUCUGUCUGUCUCUCUCUUUUGCUCUCUUGUCUCUUUCACUCUCUCUGUCUCUCUCUCUCUUGGUCUCGCUCUCUCUUUCUAUGUCUCUCUCUCUCCCUGUCUCUCAGGGGGAGGAUGGAGCAGCAGGUCCGUCAGAUGGUAAGGAUCCUCUGUCUGUCUCUGCUGUACUGUGCAACUUUAUGCUGUUAGAUGACAGGGACAUUACCUGGGUCCACAGCCUACCUGAGUGACAGCAGUAGCAGUCGAAGCCAGCCUUUGAUGAUGGGGUGGAACCAUAAUGUAGCUUACCACCUGUCUGUCAUGGGCUUCUCUCAGCAACAGUAAAUGCAGUCAGUCAGUCUCAGCCAUCCUGCUGUGGCGUAUGCAUAGCUUAUACCGCAUAUGAAUUGUAAUGGUAAAGUCUUAUCUAGAUUCCUCAGGCAUGUAGACGCAUUAGUAGGUUUUGUUUUAUUAGGGUGUUAUAGCACAUAUAUAUGUGUACUAGCUAUUGAAUGCAGCCUCAGGAAUAGGCCCACAUGUAACACUGACAGCCUCUGAUGUUGUGGUAUAUUUGGGAGCGUGAGCUACAGAUGGGUUACCAACCUAAUCCCUGUGUGUUCCUUCUCUCCCACCUCCAGACGCAGCGCGGGCAGCAGCACACGCCCGCACUGCCUCCACCAGUCUGAUCCAUGAGACAGAUCUGGCCGUGUCCAUCAACGACCUGGACAACCUCUUCAACUCAGACGAGGACGAACUCACGGUCAGUACGGGGUGUGUGUGUGAAGAGGAUGAACUUGCGGUCAUUAGGGCCUGCCAGCACUACAGCCUGCCCGCUGCACUAAACCACAAUAAAUAUCCCAUUAGCUAGAGUACCGCCUGGCAAGUAUGUGUGUGUGUGCGCAUCUGAGUGUGUGUGUGUUGGUGAGCCAGAAUGUUGCGUGCAUGCAGUACAUCAGCGGCUGUGGCUGACACGUCAUCUUACAACACAUUACAGUGUACUAGGCUGCGUUUACACAGGCAGCCUGAUUCUGAUAUUUUGCCCAAUUAUUGGCCAAAUAUCUGCUCUGAUUUGUGAAAAGCUUGUGUAAACGCGGCUUAGAUUCAAAAAGGCUUUCCCCAGCCCCUGACCCAAAGGUGGAUAUGGAUGUCUUCCAAAGGGCUCUGUUCUGACUUUGGCCCCCACAGAACAGAACAGUCACAGCCCGACCCCCUCUGUGGUCUCUCUGGUGACUGGGUAGCUGGGUAGAGACUGUCUGGCACCAACAACACUGCAACAACACACUGAGGGCUGCAAUGCCACCGCUGGGUUACGGCCUGCCAACAGGGUUCCCAAACCCCUCACUGCAGGGGCUUUGUUGUUGUGGAACUAACUUCACAUCGAUUUGUUGACUGUCAAUGUUCUCGGGUUUCAGAAAAUUUGUAAUAUUGAUUUAUGUUGUGUUCAUUAAAUUAAACGUUAUACAGUUUAGUCUCAUUGAGAUAAAAUAUAUAUAGAGACAUGUCAUUUCAUUUCAUGUGUUGUUUGUGUAAAUACACUUUUGAAUGUUUUGCAUCUUAUUUUUGCCACAUCUUUGUUUAUAUUCAACAGCCUGGUUCCAGACGAGCGGGGAAUGGAACAGGUGAUAAAUUUGGCAACAAGGAACCAAAGCCAGCCACUCUGGACCCAGUCUCUUGCAUCAGUAAGUCUGCUUCUCCGUGCUCUCAGAUCAGCUAUGUCCUGUUCACCCAGCUCCUAGCUCAAUGCUUAUGGGAUAGGAUACCCCUAAGCACUGAUCCAAGAUCAGCUUUCCCCGCUCCUGAGCCUAAGGAUGAUGCAUUGAAAAUGUGCUCGAGGCAACUCAAACCCAUGCAGAAACUCAUAAUAUAACACUUGGAAAGCACAGGCUGUUCAUGCUCAUUAAUUCACUAAUGAAGCAUGAAGCUUCUUCAGUCACUAGAUUCAGCACGUUUGCAUUCCAGGAUCCUUAUGUAUCAGGCAUCUCAGUAGGAGUGCCGAACAAAUGUCAGGUCUCCAUGUUCAUAAGGCAAAAGGCAAAACUGAUCCUAGAUCAGCACUCCUACUCUGAGACGCUUGAUUCAUACAGGCUCAGAAAGAUGUUGUUUACCUAAGUUGCGCCCCCUUGUGGCGAUAAGAGUUAAACUGAAGUCACUGGCUGUCAGAGCGACCCUGCUCCACUCCAAACAGACAGCUCUGAGCCUUGGGGCAGGAACAAGUGUCUCAUUAUCUACCUCUCUAUGUGACUAGUCUAUAGCUGUGUGUGUGAAACAAGGUGCUUGUUGCCCCAGCAGUUAGACUGUCAAACUGUUGAUCGUACCUGUUGAGCUUCAGAUCUUCACUUGUUGUUGUCACUCUCUCUCUCUCUCUCUCUCUCUCUCUCUCUCUCUCUCUCUCUCUCUCUCUCUCUCUCUCUCUCUCUCUCUCUCUCUCUCUUCAUUUAUUCCUCUCUCUCACCUUUCCUCCCUCUUUCUCUAGGCUCGGCAGAUUUGCACCAGAUGUUCCCCACUCCUCCUAGCCUGGAACAGCACAUCAUGGGCUACUCUCCCAUGAACAUGGGCAGUAAGGAGUAUGGCGGCCUGGAGGCCGGACAGGGCAUGACCAACCUGGACGGUACCUCGUUCUUUGGGGGACACUUCAAGAUCGAGGUGGAGGAGGGCUACUGCAGCCCCAAGCCGCAGGAUAUCAAGGUGUGUUUGGCCCCUAAUUUUCAACUUGACCCCUUAUCUGACCCUGCUUAGGAGUCAUGGAUAAUUCCUCUGCAUCACCUAACUGUUGCUGAACUUAGGACUGCUUGUGUGUUCUAGCCUAACCAUGCCAAAUGAGUUACAAUAAGGAUGAAUGUGAAAUGAAAAAGUAAAUCGAAGUCAUAGCACUGUAGCCUUUGGAUUGCCAUCAGUGUACAUACAGCACAUGGUCUAACCCCACCCUUCCCUGUCUCUCCCCCUCAGGACUUCUCAUUUGUGUACAAGCCAGAGCUGUGCCAGGCGUUUGUGGGCUGCUCCAUGUUUGCCCCCCUCAAGACCCUGCCCAGCCAGUGUCUGCCCCCCAUCAAGCUGCCAGACGAGUGCAUCUACAGGCCCAGCUGGACCACUGCGGGCAAACUGGAGAUGCUCAACCACCCCCAUGUGCCUGCCAUGGCCUACCUCAACAAAGACAGGUAAACAUAUUUCCUUCAAGUACAUAGUCCUGAAACCACCUAUCUCCUCACCUGCCAUUGCAUUGGUGUGUGGUUGUGCAUUUUAAUGAUCUGAUAUAGUAAAUCAAUCAAUCUCUAUAUGAACCACUCAUAACCAGGGAGCUUUUUCUGAAUGCCUGACUGCUAGUGGCCCAUCUGCUAUGGGAGGGCUGUCUGUCUGCGUGGCUAGCUGAUUGUCUCAAGACCCUCUCCUCUGCUCCUAAAGCCUGUGGAACCAAUGGAGAUUUUCCCAGCUGCUCCAAGGAUUUUUUUUUUUACAAUUUGUAAUGCUCAUCUGUGCUGAGGGAUACUGAAGCUGCAGUGUAAUUUAGACUUAAAGGAUACAGACACACACACACACACACUUGGGUUUAUCCCCCUAUCCCCUGAGGAGCCUGUUCCAUUCCUCAUGCAUGGCUGAUUGAAUCAGGAGAGAGAGGACGGGAGAUGAGUGUAGAAAGCAUGGUGGUGAUUGAAGGUGAGGAUUAUUAACCCACAGUACUGAGCCUGGUAUAUUAUCAACCAUUUUACAGACCACAAAAACAAAACACCCAAUGUGUAGUACUGUAGUUGCGGACCUUAUUCGUAGUAGUGUAAUUGCCAUAUGGUGGCUAUUUAGGGAUUUGAAGUUCUUUUUUUUAUAAGUAAUGUCAAAAAUAUAUGUAAAUGUUUCCAAAAUAUAUGGCUGUAUGAUUAUAGCUGUACCUCUCUGCAUAGUUUGGGGCUGGAGAUUGGGGCCCGCCUGAUUAAGGGCUUAGAGGACGGCAGGUAACCUAGCGGUUAAGAGCGUUGGGCCAGUAACCGAAAGGUUGCUGGUUCGAAUUCCCAAGCCGACUAGCUGGGGGGGAAAUCUGCCGAUGUGCCCUUGAGUAAGGCACUUAACCCUAAUUGCUCCUGUAAGUCGCUCUGGAUAAGAGCAUCUGCUAAAUGAUGACAAAGUAAAAAUUUAGGACCUUGCUGUUCCUCUCUGUCUGGGUAGAGGGGGUUAUAGAUGGGGCCUCUGUUCCCAGCAGGGCGCCUGCAGAGUGCUAAGACCGGCUGUAAAGUCCCAGGUUAUAAUGGAGUCAUGGGAAAGCCCUAUAAGCUGGUCAUGCUGCUUUUACGACCCUCACUACUUAACCUGGCCUACUGCCUUAUAAGGGCUGCAUCCCAAAUAGCACUCUAUUUCCUUUAUAGUGCAUUAUGGGCCCUGAUUAAAGGUAGUUCACUGUAUAGGGGUGGAGAGAGAGGGAGGAGGCAGGGGCCUACUGCUUUAGGUUCAGCCAGGAUUUGUUUCUUUCCCACACAUACGUAAGUAGCCUACGUAUGGACAGGGACAGGCUGUGCUGUGCUGUGCUCGCCUCCCUCUUCAGCUCUCCUCACAGCUGCUCUCCUCCUCUCGCCAGGCCCAAAAAUAGACUCUUCUCCCUCAUUGAGGGGCUGCUUCAAAUGGCAGCGCCUUCCGCAGUGGCAGUGGCAUUGGCAUACCCCGAUAGACAGCCAGGCAGCCACUUUUCUCUGCUUUUUUGUUUACCAUUCCCCCUCUUGAUGGUUGUUGUGUUGUUUACCUCUGCCGUGUAAUGGAGGUUCAGUUGAUACUGAAAUGAAUUGUUGAUUGUUGUGUUACUGUAUCCCAAACUCUGGUUUGUUGUGUUGUUUUGAAUCAAGCUCUAGCACAGGCGGCCCGUGGGCCAAAUUUGGCCUGCGGGUGGUUUUAUUUGGACCCCAAAUCUUUGUUGUUGUUGAAUUUUCAUUGUUGGACAUAAAAAACUGUAAAAACACCAGGAAAUCAGCUCCAAUUGAUUAAAAUUUUGGAAAUAUGUUCCUAUGUAUUUCCACGCAUAAUAGAGAGACGUGAUCAUAAUUAUACAAAUGUAAGCAAGGUUUGAAAUUAUGUUUUAGUCAAAUAUUGUAUCUGUUUGGGCUUUUUGCAGUCUACAAAUGAUUUGUAAUUAUGUUCCAUCCCCCGACCAUCCGCUCAAGAAACAUUGUCCCGUGGCUGAAUCUAGUUGAUGAUCCCUGCUCUAGCAUAUUGUCCCCACAGGCUGGGUUGUGUGACUGACUCCUCUCCUCGCUUCUCUCUGCCACAGUAACAUCCCAAGUGUGGGCAGUGCCAUGGACCAGGACUACAGCCAGAGCUACACACCCCAGACACAUACGCCCUUCAUGUCCAACAGUGCCCCCCCCAGCAACAGUGGUACGGGCAUCCUGCCCUCCCCAGCCACCCCGCGCUUCUCCGCACCCACACCACGCACUCCCCGUACCCCACGCACCCCCAGAGGGCCCGCCAGUGUCCAGGGCUCGCUCAAGUACGAGAACCCGGACCUCUACUCGCCUGCCUCUACCCCUUCCACCUGUCGACCCCUCAACUCAGUGGAACCUGCCACCGUGCCCUCCAUCCCCGAGGCCCACAGCCUGUACGUCACCCUCAUCCUCUCUGAGUCCGUCAUGAACCUCUUCAAGGACUGCAACUUCGACAGCUGCUGCAUCUGCGUGUGCAACAUGAACAUCAAGGGGGCCGACGUUGGGGUGUACCUAAACGACCCCACAGGAGAGGCCCAGUACCCCUGCACCUGCGGCUUCAGCGCCGUCGUCAACCGCCGCUACGGUAACAGCUCGGGCCUAUUCCUGGAGGACGAGCUGGACAUCAUCGGACGCGACUCGGAUGUCAGCCGCGAGGCGGAGAAGCGCUUUGAGGCGCUGCGGCAACACUCGCUGGAGAGGACAGGGGGAGGAGCAGGAGGGAGGGGGGAGAGGGUACCAGACGAGCUGAUCUUACUGCUACAGGACCAGUGCACCAACCCCUUCUCACCCAUCGCUGGGAUGGAGCCUGACAGCCUGGCAGCGCGGGGGGCAGGAGGAUGUCCAAUGCCCGCCUGUAUGAGGGUGGAGGAGAGGGACUUCCACAGCGACUGCUACAUGGCCCUGGAGCACGGCCGACAGUUCAUGGACAACAUGUCAGGAGGCAAGGUAGACGAGGCCCUGGUCAAGAGCACCUGUCUACACCACUGGUCCAAACAAAACGGUAAGAAAAGCACCUUUUUGUUGUUCUAACCAUCUUUAAAAUCCAUGUCUGAUAAUAUAAAUUGUUCUUUCCAUUUGGCCUUGUAGAGCAUCAGUUGGCAAGCAUUACUAACCAACAGAAACCAGUCUGUUCAUUUUUCCUGCCAGUUAGCAGUAUGUUGAUUUCUAGUGCUAUGUGUAUUCUCUCUCUAACCCUCCUCCUCCUCCUCUCCCCAGCGGUGGACAUCAGUGCUCUGUGCUCUCAGGACGUGUUGCGGGUGCUGCUCUCCCUCCAACCUGUACUCCAGGAUGCCAUCCAGAAGAAGAGGACGGUGCGCUCCUGGGGCGUUCAGGGACCCCUCACCUGGCAGCAGUUCCACAAGAUGGCUGGACGGGGCUCCUACGGUAAUCCACCAGGGACUAAAUGCUCCAAGAGCUAGAGGCUCACAUAGGCAGAUACGGUGCAGAUCAGUAGUCAUCUCAGUCACUGCUCUAGUCCAGAUGUCAGCUCAGUAGAGAAGCUGCUGCUGUGAUGGGUUCACUUUGGGCUCUCAAUCCUUCUCUGAGAGGUGACGGUUGGCACGCUGGCUUGUUUAAGUAAUUACUCACUAUCUUGACUCUGUUCCUCUCCUCCUCUUCACCUUCUCUUAUCCCCCCCACUCUCCACACCUCACUCCUGCCCCCCUCAUCUCUUCACCCUCUCUUCUCUCUCCUGCAUCUCCCCUCCUCCAUAUUUCCUUCUCCUCCCCCUCCCCCCUUCUUCCUUUCAACAGGCACAGAUGAGUCUCCUGAGCCCUUGCCCAUCCCUACCUUCCUGGUGGGUUAUGAGUAUGACUUUGUGGUGCUGUCGCCCUUCGGCCUGCCCUACUGGGAGAAGCUGCUGCUGGACCCCUUCGGCUCCCACAGGGACGUAGGCUAUCUGGUCGUCUGUCCCGAUAACGAGGCCCUGCUCCAGGGGGCCAAGAACUUCUUCAGGGACCUCGCCGCAGUCUACGAGGUAACCAUAGGAGUUAGGGUUAAGAGGAUAUGACCAUAGAUCGGGGGACCAGGCUAGGGUUGGGGUUGCAUUAAUGUUGCAUUUACAUUUUGGGAAGUGAAUUGAAAUGUAAAUGUGAACAUUUUUUAAACUGCUAAUUUAAAACAAAGGGCACUUUUUAAUUCUUGAAUGAAAUGUAAUUGACCCAUACCUUGCUAGAGGCUUACAUCCCAGCCUAGUGUACGUAUUGAUGACAUAAACAAUUGCCUGUCUACUUCAGUUCUGUACCACUCAAGUCAUUCCUGUGCUGUUGUCUAACCAUUCCUCCAUCCCUCCUCUCUUUCCCUCCCUCUUCUCCUUCCAUCCCUACUCCCUCUCUCCAUGUGCCCUGCAGUCAUGUCGUCUGGGCCAACACCGCCCCAUCUCAAAAGACCACCCGGACGGCAUCGUGAGAGUGGGUGGAGCGGCUGCCAAGAAGCUGGCGGAGCAGCCCGUCAGCGAUUGGUUCCUCAAGGCUGCCAGUGGCAACAGCGACGCAUUCGCCAAGCUCAAGCUUUACGCUCAAGUCUGCCGCUAUGACCUCGGUAGGUUCCAAUGACUACACGGUUGGGGAAUCGGUCGGGGUCAGACCUUUCGGUACCCCCCAUGCCCAUAUAGCCAAGGAUUUAGAACAUGGUUUCUAUUUGGAUCAAAAAGCCUAUUUUUAAAUAUCUUUUAAAAUAUAUUGGUUUCUAAAGUCUAGGUUGUUCACAUAGCUUAUGAGUGAGAUUGUUAACCUGUGCUUUCUGCUCCUGUCUCCCCUCAGCUCCAUACCUCGCCGCACAGCCUUUAGACAGCUCCCUACUCGCACAGCCCACACCCCCUCCCGCCUCCAGCCAAUCCUCAUCCAUGCAAUCCUCUGGCUCCUCCUCCACCACCUCGGCCGGCCCCCAAAACUCAGUGAACCCCGGAGGCCCCUCCCUCCCCAACAACAGCAGCAGCAGCAGCGCGCCUAGCAACAACACAGGUGUAGCCAACAGUGCCAACAGCACGGCAUCAUCAGGGAGCCAGCCCAGCAGCGGGAUGCAGUCUGCCAAGCCCAGCUCUUUCCCUCCCUUUGGGACCAUGGGCGUGCAGAACCAGGGCCUGGGUGGUGUCACCCAGGGAGGGCAGCUGGGCCAGCAGGCUGGUUCCCAGAACACAGGCCUCCCCGGGGGGGACUCAGCCAGCCAGGCCCAGGCACCCACUGAACCCCUAGAGAGGUAGCUACAAUACCAGGGCCCGUAUUCACUCAUAUGUACACACACACACACAGUGCCUGGAGGGAAACCCCAUUCCUUGUCCUAACUUCCCUCUCGCUCUUGUCCCCCUCCCCAGCACCAUGGAGCGAGAGAAGGUGGGUGUGCCAACGGACGGAGAGUCUCAUGCCAUCACGUACCCCCCAGCCAUCGUGGUGUACAUUGUGGACCCCUUCACCUAUGAGGAGCCUGAGGCGGGGUCCAGUGUGUGGACCCUGGGCCUGCUGCGCUGCUACCUGGAGAUGCUCCAGUUCCUCCCACCACACAUCCGCAACGCUGUCUCUGUACAGGUAACCUCAACACAAAUCUGUGUGUGUGCGUGUCUGUGAGUGUGUGUUGAUGAAAUAAUGUUUCUAGCAAUGUCAAGAAGUGUCUGUUUAUUUCGAAUAAAAUAUUUUUAAUCACUAAUAGUUGCUAAGACUUUGCUUUAGUGCUAAAGAUGUCAGACAGGACAAUCGGUAUGAAAGAAGACCGAACAGAGCGUUAUAUGUAAUGUACAGUAGUUUUGUUAAGAGUUGUAUGCUGACCUGUUGGUAUCCACUUCUCAGAUCAUCCCGUGCCAGUACCUGCUCCAGCCGGUGAGGAGCGAGGAGCGUCAUAUCUACGCUCAACACCUCAAGUCCCUGGCCUUCUCAGUGUUCUCCCAGUGCAGGCGGCCCCUCCCCGGAUCCACCAACGUCAAGUCACUAACCGGCUUUGGCCCUGGCCUGGCCAUCGACACUGCACUGAAGAGCACAGAGGUACACAAAUCAUCACUGACAAACAUUAUCCUGAUAUGAUCCUAACUAAUAUUAUGCAGCUCCUACACCAGAGAGGGGCAUGUCUGGACCACAGGGACAGCUGUGUCUGAAUCAGUGAUUUGAUUUAGAGUGGGGAAACCAGGUGUGUGGGAAAGCAUCGACUUGAAUGGAUGAAUGAAGUGGCAGUAAACCAGCGGACACUACCUCCCCUGAGGACCAGGGUUGCCCAUCCCCGUCAUAGCCUGACCCUCCCCUCUGCUCCUCAGCCCUCUGCUCCUCAGCCCUCUGCUCCUCAGCCCUCUGCUCUGGCCAUGUGUAGUGUGCCAGCGAGAGAGGGAGGGAGCACUGAGAUGGAGAGAGGGUUAUACUAACCCCCUUAGUCCUGGAACAAGACCAAUCGAACUUAUAACCCUCUUCCUUCUCUACAGUUUUCUUUCCAUUAUCUGCUUGGCUAGCUCCCUGUGACCUCCCUAAUGGAUUCCAGGCUGCAGGUUUCGACAGGGAGAGGCCCUAGACUGCCACCCAAUCCUAUUUAACUCUCCCAGGCCAGCCAGCCACUCACCAGCCACUACAUUGCAUUUCCCCUGUACACAGUGGAGUGGAGUGGAGUGGGUACUAGAGACAAACUCUGAGCUACUUAGCUAGCUGGAUAAAUGUCAUCUCUUCAGGGAUUUGGGUGGGGAGAGGGGACAACUGUAGUGACACUUUUUUUCACGACUAACCAACUCAGUGACUCUCGUACAUACGUCUUUCUAGUCCCAGAGUAGAUAGAUUAAGUCCUGGAUUGUGUUCAGUAGGGCACAAUGUACCCAACCGUGUUGCAAAAUUAUUAUAGUUAUUGGACAAAUUGAAGUAGUACCUGCCAGUUUCAAAACAUGUUCUCCCUAAAAAAACAUGACCCUUGUAUAACCCCUAACCUUUGACCCUUCUCUCUCGUCACCCAACAGAGACCAGAGUGUUUGCGGCUAUACACACCUCCCUUCAUCCUGGCGCCCACCAAGGACAAGCAGACGGAGCUAGGGGAGACGUUCGGGGAGGCCUCUCAGAAGUACAACGUGCUGUUUGUGGGCUACUGCCUGUCCCACGACCAGCGCUGGCUCUUGGCCACCUGCACCGACCUGUACGGAGAGCUGCUGGAGACGUGCAUCAUCAGCAUCGACGUGCCCAACAGGUGGGACCACCCGACAGCACACACCUUCAUCAUGAUCCUCACCACUACAACCACCAUCUAGAGUCAGCAAACCUCAAGCAGAGCAGAGCAUUACAAAUGGCAGGCUUCUGCAGCUAGCAGUUUUUGUUUUUAGCAAAACAAUGUUUGUUUUGCGUUGAGUUUUUCGUUUUCACGAUAUGCCAGGUAAUGAUGAAAACUGUCUAAUAAUGAAGUGUAGUAGUGAAUAUUGCAAGAUCAACAAUCUACAACUUUCCUUCCAACCUGGCAACUCUAGUGAUUUGUAGUAAUAAGUGUUGUGUUAAACGUUCAGCUGUGGUUUCAGUGUGUGACAGAAUGUGUGUGUGUGUGUGUGUGUUUUUGUUUCGACACAGAGCGCGGAGGAAAAAAGGCUCUGCCCGGAGGUCGGGCCUGCAGAAGCUGUGGGAUUGGUGCUUGGGGCUGGUGCAGAUGACAUCAGUGCCAUGGAGGGUGGUGAUUGGUCGACUGGGCAGAAUGGGACAUGGCGAAUUGAAAGGUGAGGUGGAGCCUUCUAUUUUACUGUUAUAUGUUUCUUUUCUCGCGUUUAUCUUGUCUUACACGUUCACUCACUCGUCUCUCUCUUCCCUCUCUGCCUCGGUCCCAGACUGGAGUAUUCUGUUGAGCAGGAGGAACCUGCAGUCUCUGAGUCGCCGUCUCAAGGAGGUGUGUCGUAUGUGUGGCAUCUCUGCCUCUGACACGCCCAGCAUCCUUAGCGCCUGCCUGGUCGCCAUGGAGCCUCAGGGCUCCUUUGUCAUCAUGCCAGGUACUACGUUCUCCUACCCUUUGUGUGUGUGUGUGUGUGAGUGUGCGUAUGCGUGUGUCUGAUGGAUGGUGGCAGCCUAUCAUAAUGCAUGUCGCUCCAUGUUGUUAUCAGAUUGAUGGGUCUGAGGACACUGCUUCUCUCAGUCAUAAACCACUGGUUCUCAGACUCCAUUGAUUUCUGUGUGAUGUGAUGGAGACUGGCAUGGACCAUUCAUACUGUCAGUGUAUAAUAUGGGUCUCCUUCUGUAUAUGAGGAGGGGCUGGACUAGUCCCUCCAGACCAGUGUUUUUGGUGAAAGGAGAUGGAUGUCUCCUCUCCCAGGACUUGGCUUUGACCCAGACAUUGUGGGUUAUACUCCACAGAUCCGAUGAUAAUUAUAAAAUACAAUAGAGCACUGGACUGAAUAAUAAUGGCCAGUUGAAAGAUCGAGGUUGCUUUUAUUGGCACCACUUACAUUUUUGCUGCAUUAAUUAAAUGUUGUUACUAAUUAAUUGACUGAUUAAUGGAUGAUAGCUAUAGCAGAUGUCACCCGUUUCCAUUUGCGUGUAUACUGUAUGCGUUCAAUAUAGAUUCAAUGAAGAUGAACGUAUUAUUAACCUGACUUCCUCGCUCUCUCUCCAGACUCUGUGUCUACAGGCUCAGUGUUUGGCCGCAGCACCACUCUGAACAUGCAGACGUCCCAGCUGAGCACUCCUCAGGACACAUCCUGUACCCACAUCCUGGUGUUCCCCACCUCAGCCUUCGUCCAGGUGGCCAGCUCCAACUACACUACUGACACCAACAUAGACAUCGCCUUCAACCCCAUCCCCGGUGAGUCUCCUGUACCUGUGCUCUUCCCUCUGGCCUCACCUCUCAACUCUCACCUUUGUCUUAUCCUUAUUGAAAAUAAUUGAUUUAGUCCAUUGGAAAUAAAUCGUUUUUUGAGCUAUUCAAAUUCUCACCUCCCUCAUUUUACAAUUUUUUUUGCGUCAUAUGGGUCUCUCCAUAUUGAAAAUUGAUAUCUUAUUCUGAGUCUCUCUCCUCUUCUCCUCUGUCCAGAUGGGUCGGACGCCAUCGGGAUCUUUGACCUGCUGGACCAGGAGAACGACCUGGUGGACCCUGACAUCAUCAACAUCCUGCCUGCCUCGCCCACCACCUCGCCCGUACACUCCCCCGGCGGCCACUACCACCAGGGGGGAGACGGCAGCAAGGUAGGCCCACCACACCACACCACGUCUCACCUGUGUAGACUAUAAGAGGUACUCGAGCACAUACUUUAUUGAAGAAAAUAAAUACCUUGAACUUAAAGGGGCAAUCUGCAGUUGCUACAUCCAUUUUCAAACUUUUAAAUGAAUGAAAUAUACCCAUUGAUUAUUGAAGAAUAUAACUUAUAAAUGCCUCAUGAGGUUAGUUUAAAUGUCGUACCCCCAUCAGAUAAUAAAUAAGCUGGUUUUACUUCUUUGUAAACAGUCAUUCUAAAAACAAUUAUACUGUAUCACCACAAAACAUGGUUAAAACUAUAAUUAAGCAAUAAAGCACGAGGGGGUGUGGUAUAUGGCCAAUAUACCACAAACCCCAGAGGUGCCUUAUUGCUAUUAUAAACUGGUUACCAACAGAAAUAAUGUUUUGUCAUACCCGUGGUAUACGGUCUGAUAUACCACAGCUGUCAGCCAAUCAACAUUCAGGGCUCAAACUGUGAUGAGUGUGAUGGAAGGAGUCAGGCGCAGGAGGGUAAUCACCGAAUACAGAGUUUAUUCCUUCGUUACACAAAAUACGCUGGAAUAGCGACAAACGAAACAGGCACAGGGGAAACUAUCUACCCUGGCAAUACACUGUAAUGGUAUCUCCAUACAAUACAUAGGCACAGGGGAAAUAUCUACCCUGACCACAAAAUGGUACGAGUAGCUCCACCGAGCUACACUACUCUCACAUUCAAACAAUCACCCACAAGGACAAGGGGGCAGAGGGAACACUUAUACACGGACUAAUGAGGGGAUUAGAACCAGGUGUGUGUGAUUGACAAGACAAAUGUGAUGAUGAUAAUUGGGGCGGCAGUGGUUAGUAAGCCGGUGACGACGAACGGCGAAGCCUGCCCGAACAAGGAGGGGAGGCAGCCUCCGCGGAAGUCGUGACAGUACCCCCACCCCUUGACGCGCAGCUCCAGCAGCGCGCCGACCCCGGCCUCGGGGAUGGCCAGGAGGACGCGGAGCAGGGCGAGCCGGAUGGCGACGGUGGAAAUCCCGCAACAGGGAGGGAUUGAGGAUAUCCCUCACCGGGACCCAGCACCGUUCCUCCGGACCGUACCCCUCUCACUCUACGAGGUACUGAAGGCCCCCCACCCGACGUCUCGCUUCCAGGAUGGAGCGGACAGAGUAUGCCGGGGCCCCCUCGAUGUCCAGAGGCGGUGGAGGAACCUCCCGUACCUCAGACUCCUGGAGCGGACCAACCACCACCGGCCUGAGGAGAGACACAUGAAACGACGGGUUCAUACGGUAAUCAGGGGGGAGUAACAACUUAUAAGUGACCUCGUUGAUUCUCCUCAGGACUUUGAACGGCCCCACAAACCGCGGGCUCAGCUUCCGGCAGGGCAGGCGGAGGGGCAGAUUCAGGGUCGAGAGCCAGACCCGAUCCCCCGGUACGAAGACCGGGGCCUCACUGCGCCUGACGUCUGACGACGCACGGCGCGCUGGAGGUGAACGUGGGCAGCGUCCCACGUCUCAUCCGUGCUCCGAAACCAGUCAUCCACCGCAGGAGCCUCGGUCUGGCUCUGGUGCCAUGGUGCCAGAACCGGUUGGUAUUCUAAAACACAUUGGAAUGGUGAUACAUUAGUAGAGGAGUGGCGGAGAGAGUUCUGGGCAUAUUCUGCCCAUGGCAAGAAUAAUGACCACUCCCCCGGCCGGUCCUGUCAGUAGGACCGCAGGAACCUACCCACAUCCUGAUUUACCCAUUCCACCUGCCCAUUUGACUCGGGGUGGAACCCAGAGGUCAGGCUAACCGAGACCCCCAGACGUUCCAUGAAUGCCUUCCAAACCUUGGACGUGAACUGGGGACCUCGGUCGGACACUAUAUCCUCUGGCUCCCCGUAGUGCCGGAAGACGUGAGUAAACAGGGCCUCCGCAGUCUGCAGGGCCCUGGGGAGACCGGGCAGAGGAAGGAGGCGGCAGGACUUGGAAAAGCGGUCCACAACGACCAGGAUGGACAACAGCCAACAGCUCCCGAUCACCAACGUCGUAGUUCUGCUCCGCUGGGCUGAGUUUCUUAGAGAAGAAGGCACAGGGGCGGAGCUUGGGUGGCGUGCCCGAGCAAUGGGACAGGACAGCGCCUAUCCCUACCUCGGACGCAUCCACCUCCACUACGAACGGUAGUGAUGGAUCGGGGUGGGCCAGUACCGGGGCUGAGGUGAACAGACAGCCUCAGCAGACCAGCGGAGCCGGGACGGCCCACCCUUCAACAGGGAUGUAAUGGGAGCUGCAACCUUGCCAAAGCCCCGGAUAAACCUCUGAUAGUAGUUGGCAAAGCCAAGGAAGCGCUGCACCUCCUUAACCGUGGUUGGAGUCGGCCAAUUACGCAAGGCUGAAAUGCGAUCUCCCUCUAUACACUUCUCUGCCUUGGCAUAAAGGUCAUUUUCCAACAGUCGGGCCAGCACUUUGCGAACCAGGGACACAUGCUCGGCGUGUGUAGCGGAAUACACCAGGAUGUCAUCGAUGUAGACCACCACACCGCGACCAAGCAUGUCCCGAAACACCUCAUUCACAAAGGACUGGAAGACGGAUGGAGCAUUCAUCAAACCGUAGGGCAUCACCAGGUAUUCAUAAUGCCCCGUGGUUGUGCUGAAUGCUGUCUUCCACUCAUCCCCCUCCCGAACACGCAGCAGGUUGUAUACACUCCUGAGAUCUAGCUUAGUGAAGAAGUGCGCCCCAUGCAUUGACUCAAUCAAUGAGGGGUAAGGAAAACUAAAUCUAAUCGACUCCUUGUUCAGUGAUCGAUAAUCAAUGCACGGGCGCAGACCGCAGUCUUUCUUCUUCACAAAGAAGAAACUCGAGGAGGCGGGUGAAGUGGAGGUACGUAUAUACCCCUGGCCCAGGGACUCGGUGACGUAUGUUUCCAUAGCCUCCAUUUCAGCCUGCGACAGGGGGUACACAUGACUCCUGGGAGGUACAGCGUCUACCCGAAGGUUUAUCGCGCAAUCCCCAGCCCGAUGAGGUGGUAAUUUAAUCGCACACGUCUUGGAAAACGCGUGCGCCAAAUCGAGGUAUUCGGGGGGGAAUGCGCACGGUGGAGGUACCGUCUGGACUUUCCACCGUGGUUGCACCAACGGAAACACCUAGACACCUACCCUGACACUCUCGCGACCACCCCGUGAGAGCCCUCUGCGGCCAUGAGAAGGUGGGGUUGUGAAGUGCUAGCCAAGGGAUACCUAAUACCACAGGGAAAGCAGGAGACUCAAUAAUCGAAAAAAUAACCUGCUCACAAUGUGUCUCCUGGGUGAUCAUGGUGACUGGUAUAGUGACUUCCGUAACAAACCCAGACCCUAAUGGUCGACUAUCAAAUGCUCUGAUGGGGAGUGGAAUGGAUAGGGGAACCAAUGAAAUGCCUUGACGGCUUGCGAAUGCCCUGUCCAUAAAGUUCCCAGCUGCGCCUGAAUCGACUAGCACCUUACACUGGGGAACUACCAUGUGAUCGGGAAAGUGGAUAGGUAGGGUACAGUGCGCAGCAGAGGGCUCUGAACGAGUGUGGGUGUUCGAUACCUGGGGUGAUACGAGUGCCCUGCCUGCCGCUUCCAGGCCCAAAAGAACGUUGACUACGACGUGUGGUGUACUGUCCCUUCGUGCCACCAGAGUGGCACUGUCGCUGUCUUCCUCCGCUCUCUCGGACGGCGGCUCCACCCAGCUCCAUCAGCUCGGGAUCCGAGUCGUCUGGGGUGGAAACGGGCAGACCCCUACCAGGACGUCCUCUGGCUACCAGCAGGUUGUCCAAACGAAUGGCCAUGUCCACCAGUCUCGUGAAGGACAACAUGGUGUCCCGGCAGGCUAGCUCCUGUCGGACGUCCUCCCGCAGAUAGCACCGGAAAUGGUCGAUCAGGGCCCGCUCGUUCCACCCGGACCCCGCUGCCAGAGUCCGAAACUCCAACGUGAAGUCCUGCGCGGUCCUCGUCCCCUGCCUCAGGUGGACCAGCCGCUCGCCCGCCUCUCGACCCUCGGGCGGGUGAUCGAAGACUGCCCGGAAGAGGCGAGCGAAUUCCCCGUAGUCCUCCAACGCGGCUCCUCCUUCAUUCCACACCGCGUUGGCCCACUCCAGGGCUUUCCCACAGAGGCAGGAAGCGAGGACGGACACCUUCUCCCGCUCCGAUGGCGCCGGCCUGAUGCUGGAGAAAUAAAGCUCCAGAUGGAGGAGGAAUCCUUGGCAGAGCGCCGCCGUCCCAUCUAACGCCCGUGGUCGGAAUAUCUGGAUCCCUCCAGGUGCUGGGGUAUAGGUGGCUGGAUCCGGGUUGACCAGCUGGUCUCGACAGAUCGGAUCCUGUCCUCUCCAGGCAUUGGACGACCUGAAGAACCCGAUCCAUCGCUUCCCCCAAGCUGGCCAGCAUCGUGCCACGACUCCAGGCAUGUGCUCUUCUCCCGCUGACUCCAUAGCGGGUGGGUGAUUCUGUGAUGAGUGUGAUGGAAGGAGUCAGGCGCAGGAGGGUAAUCACCGAAUACAGAGUUUAUUCCUUCGUUACACAAAAUAUGCUGGAAUAGCGACAAACAAAACAGGCACAGGGGAAACUAUCUACCCUGGCAAUACACUGUAACGGUUUCUCCAUACAAUACAUAGGCACAGGGGAUAUAUCUACCCUCCACCGAGCUACACUACUCUCACAUUCAAACAAUCACCCACAAGGACAAGGGGGCAGAGGGAACACUUAUACACGGACUAAUGAGGGGAUUAGAACCAGGUGUGUGUGAUUGACAAGACAAAUGUGAUGAUGAUAAUUGGGACGGCAGUGGUUAGUAAGCCGGUGACGACGAACGGCGAAGCCUGCCCGAACAAGGAGGGGAGGCAGCCUCCGCGGAAGUCGUGACACAAACCACCCAGUUUAUAAUUAUGGAUAUAUCAUGGAUGGUCAGUCCUUGCAUCCAUAUCUCAUAUGUCUAUGAAUUUGAGAGUUACAUUUCUCCAGCCCCAUCACCCAGCUUUAUACCAAAACAGUGGCAGGUUACCGCUUUGUUAUUGUUUCAACAGCAGAUUGACCCUUUAAGAUGAACACAAAGAUGACAUUUAAGUAAAGUAACUUAUUAAAGUAGAUUUGGCUUUGGAUAAAUGCCUGGAUUGAUAAUGCUAGUGCUGUUUUCUUGAACAGUUGUUCUGUAAUGUAUGAAAAAGCAAAAAGCCUUUUACAGUGGACAUUAUUGCAAACCAGAGAUGAACUCCUUCUCCUCCUCCUCCUCUUCCCUUCCAGGGCCAGAGUACAGACCGGAUGGAGUCCCACGAUGAAGCUCCAAACAUCCUGCAGCAGCCCCUGGCCCUGGGAUACUUUGUGUCCACAGCCAAAGCCGGCCCACUACCUGACUGGUUCUGGUCAGCCUGUCCUCAAGCUCAGAACCAGUGUCCCCUUUUCCUCAAGGUAAACCUGUCAGACAUCUGCGCUCAUACUCCUGGGCCCGUUUUCAUAUUGUCUCAGAGUAUGAGUGCUGAUCUAGGAUCAAUAUUCUUGUAGUCUGAGAUGCUUUAUGAAUAUGGGCCCUGGAUUAUAAUAUGUCUUAUCUAAUGCCACCUUGAAGUACUUGUUAAUGGUCAUUUUUAAAAGGAUUGUUUUUGACUGACAUUAGUUAACAGACAGACUAAAGCUUGCGGUUGGAUUCAGUAUCAAACACUCAUAGUUAAUUAAAACAUACUUUUAUUUUAACCUAGAUUGUAUUCCCUUGCUCCAGAUAUCAGCGAUUGACUGACUUUUGUUUGCUCUAUUAUUACUGUGUGAAUGGUUUAGCUAGGCCUGUCACUGACUUCCUGUGUGUCUUGUCUUUCCCCAGGCCUCUCUGCACCUCCACGUGUCUUCAGUGCAAUCAGAUGAACUGCUGCACAGCAAACACUCCCACCCUCUCGACUCCAAUCAGACCUCAGACGUACUCAGGUAGAUAUUAGGGAUGGGCAUGAGUAAUCGAGUACUCAAACGGAUGUCAAAGCUCAAUCUUUAACCAGAGAUUGAAAAAAAAUCUAAUACUGUAAAACUAUUUGGUGGAAUGUGAUUUGUGGCUGUCCGAACAGGCAAGUGAAAUGUUGUCUUGAAGACGAUGUUCAUUUGUUUUUACUCUAGUGUUCCAUUUGUACAUGUGCAUUUACGGGGCACAACAAAAAAAGAAACCAAGCCAAGCAUCGCACUGUUCUUCUCCCUAAAUUCCCUUUCCCCUCCAUGUCUAAUUCACUCAAUUGCGUUCCGACCACUCCCUCUACACACACAUACCGAGUGCACACAAAAGCUCCGUUAGGCCUACAGUAAUAAAUGCCUAUAAAAACGUAUCUAACUGAUGGGAUACACAAGCUACAUUCCUUGCCAAAUUGAUGACACAAAUUCAAAAUGGACUGGUUGAUUGAAGUAGGAAAAUAUGUAUUCAAUCAACGAGCUGCAGUUUUUUAAUAAUUGCAUCCCGUCUAUUUUGUGAACUGCUAAUGCCAUUUAGAAUUGGUUAGCCUAGGCUAUAACCCCACUAAACAUAGACAGGUUCCACACUGAAAAUAUGCAAAAAUAUUAUUUUGAUUAAGACAAAGAGCAUAUAUUCAUCAGAAUCCUUAAGUACAGUGGGUAUAGAAAGUCACCACCCCCUUUCAAAAUGUUCACAUUUUGUUGCCUUACAGCCUGAAAUGAAAACAUAUCAAAUCUGACUUUUUUCAGCUUUAUUUACACACAGUAACCCACAAUAUCCAAGUGGGGGGGAAAAAAAACAAACUCUGAAAAUUAUUUACAAUUAAAACAGUAAAAUACCCUAUUUAGAUAAGUGAACACCCGAAUGGCGCACCCGAGUGGCGCAGUGGUCUAAGGCACUGCAUCGCAGUGCUAGCUGUGCCACUAGAGAUCCUGGUUCAAAUCCAGGCUCUGUUGUAGCCGGCCGCAACCGGGAGACCAAUGGGGCGGCGCACAAUUGGCCUAGCGUCGUCUAGGGUAGGGGAGGGAAUGGCCGGCAGGGAGGUAGCUCAAUUGUUAGAGCAUGGCGUUUGCAACGCCAGGGUUGUGGGUUCGAUUUCCACGGUGGGCCAGUAUACUUUUUUUUUUUUUUAUGUUUAUGUAUGCACUAACUGUAAGUCGCUCUGGAUAAGAGCGUCUGCUAAAUGACGUAAAAUGUAAAAAAAAAAAAAUGCUUGAAUUACAGCCAUAAGUCUUUUUGAAUACGUCUCUACUAACUUUGCACACCUAGACUGUGCAAUAUUUGCCCAUUCUUCCUUGCAGAAUUGUUCAAGCUCAGUCAAAUUGCAUGGUGACCGCUCAUGGACUGCACUCUUCGUCAUUCCACAGAUUCUCGAUGGGAUUAAUGUCGGGGCUCUGACUAGGCCACUCAAGGACAUUAACCUUCUUGUCCUUCAGCCACUGUACGGUUGCUUUGGCAAUGUGCUUUGGGUCAUUGUCAUGUUGAAACGUGAACCAUCUUCCCAUUUUCAACUUCCUGGCAGAGGGCUGCAGGUUCUCCUCAAGAAUCUGUCAGUAUUUUGCACUGUCCAUUUUCCCUUCUAUCCUGACAAGUGCUCCAGUCCCUGCUGAAGAGAAACACCCCCACAACAGGAUGCUGCCACCGCCGUGCUUUACUGUAGGCAUGGUGUUCUUUGGGUGGAAAGAUGUAUUGGGUUUUUGCCAGACAUACCGUUUUGCGUUCAGGCCAAAAAGUUCAAUCUGACCAUGUGCCACGGAAUCUACAAUGUGCUUUUUGGCAAAGCUCAAAUGAGACUUGAUGUUGUGUUUUUUGAGGAGUGGUUUUUUUCUUGCCACGCUCCCAUAGAGGCCAGAUUUGUAGAGCGCUUGUGAUAUUGUGGUCACAUGCACACAUUGACCAGUCUUUGCCAUAAAGGCCUGAAGCUCCUUCAAAGUCGGCAUUGACUUCUUGGUAGCCUCUCUGAUCAGUCUCCUCCUUGCCCAGUCAUCUACUUUGUAGGGAAGGCCUGAUCUAUGCAGGGUCUGGGUGGUGUCAAACGCCUUCCACUUCUUAAUAAUGGUCUUAACUGUGCUCCGAGGGAUAGACAGAGCCUUUGAAAUAUUUUUAUAUCUAUCCCCUGACUUGUGCCUUUCCACAACUUUAUCUCGUAGAUCUUUUGAAAGUACCUUUCUGCCCAAAGUGGAUUCUUUGCUUUGAAUUGCACUACUAAGCAGUGGAGUCCUCUAUGAACAACUUAUUUUAUUUUGAACUAAUCAAAGUCACUACAAUUGAUCACAGAUGGAAGCCAAUUAGCUUGAUUUGUGAUCUGAAAGGUGGUUGGUUAUACCUCAGCAGGUUUGCAAUUGCAAUUCUAAGAGGGGGUGUUCACUUAUCCAAAUCGGGUAUUUUACUGUUUAAUUUUUAAUGAAUUUUCAGAGGUUUUUUUUCGAUUUUUUUCCCCACUUGGUUAUUGUGGGUUACUGUGUGUAAAUAAAGCCGAUAAAAGUCUGAUUUGAUGUGUUUUCAUUUCAGGCUGUAAGGCAACAAAAGGUGAACAUUUUGAAAGGGGGUGGUGACUUUCUAUACCAACUGUAUAUGCCUACUCACCAAACAGAUGUCAUGCUCGUAAUUCAUCACCAUGCAGUUUUCAAUUUGGAAUUGUUCAUCAAUUUGUUUUAUUCCAAAGAACAGGCAGAAUAAACUAAAUCGAAUGUCUGUAUAUCGAAUUUUGGUUUGUAACCCUGAAAAAACGUGCUAGAUUUAGUCCCGUUUCAAAUGAUCACUUUUUGAGAACAACUGUUCCAGGCAUGAGAUGCGCAUCACUUCACACUGGCAACUGUUUUCAUUUGGAAAAUUAUUAUGUUCCAUUUGAUUCUGUUAUAUUACAUCAUGGCUUUUUGUGCUAUAAAAUAGGUGUGUCUUGACUGUGAUAAGGGCUCUGGAAAUAAGACUGUCUUGUCUGCUAAAUGAACAAAACAAAGCUAUGCCAUUGCACAGCAAUAGGCUUCUUCUACAAGCAAGCGCCACUGCUGAGGUUACUGCCUUUUUGAAGAUUGUGUUCCCCGAUAUAAUGUAACCAGUUGAUAUUACGGUUUCAAUUAAAUAAUCUUAAAUGGCACUUGCUUUUCUAUUGACUGAAUAUACACUGAGUAUACAAAACAUUAGGAACACCUUCCUAAUAUUGAGUUGCACACCUUUUUUCCCUCAGAACAUCCUCAAUUCGUCAGGCAUGGACUCUACAAGGUGUCGAAAGCAUUCCACAGGGAUGCUGGCCCAUGUUGACUCCAAUGCUUCCCACAGUUGUGUCGAGUUGGCUUGAUGUCCUUUGGGUGGUGGACCAUUCUUGAUACACACGGGAAACUGUUGAGUGUGAAAAACCCAGCAGCGUUGCAGUUCUUUACACACUCAAACUGAUGCACCUGGCACCUACUACCAUACCCCGUUCAAAGGCACUUCAAUCUUUUGUCUUGCCCAUUCACCCUCUGAAUGGCACACAUACACAAUCCAUGUCUCAAUUGUCUCAUGUCUUAAAAAUCCUUCUUUAACCUGUCUCCUCCCCUUCAUCUACACUGAUUUGAAGUGGAUUUAACUGGUGACAUCAAUAAGGGAUAAUGUGAGUACUCGAACAGUCAAGAAAUUUAAAAUUCCCAUCCCUAGUAAACACACCCAUACACACAAAUGUAUUUCCAUUCAAUAUCCUAUUUUCCCAAACCUUAACCCUAAUGCCUAACCCUAAUUAUAACCUUAACCCUAAACCUAACCCCUAAGCUUAAAAUCGCCUUUGUCCUCAUGGGGAUGUGGGAAAUGUCCCCACGAGGGAUAAUUUGUCUUGUUUUACUAUCCUUGUGGGGACUUUUGGGGAUUUCAGAUCCCCACAAGGAUAGACGAACAAGACCACAUACACAUAAUGCAGUCACACACUCCGCAGUCAAAGGGUGAAUCUCAUCCACGGCUCAGCCAUUAAAGAUCUUAAGACAUGCUUUCAAUCCAUUUCUGGUCUAUCUAAAGUGCUUAUCAAAGACAUAGUAAUGUAUUCCACUUGAUCUCAAGGUUUGUGCUCGUUUUGAGAGGUGUGUUCAUUGGGAAUAACACAUGCAGUGUCUCUCCUCCCUCCUCUCUCCUUCCCUCUGUAGAUUUGUGCUGGAGCAGUACAAUGCCCUCUCCUGGCUGACGUGCGACCCCGCGACGCAGGACCGGCGCUCCUGUCUGCCCAUCCACUUUGUGGUGCUCAACCAGAUGUACAACUUCAUCAUGAACAUGUUGUAA